AUGCGUACGAAUAAAGAGGCGAGUAUAUUUAUUUUUUUUUUAUAUUUCAUUCCACUACCUUAUAAUACUCUCGUGUAUAAAAUGGGAAACCAUCUUUCUAUGGCUCUUGUCACUUUUUACGAGUUUGCCCGUUCGCUGUCUAAAUAAUACAUGUGACUCGAUUAUUUUUAAUGCGCCCUCGAGUUUAAUCAACUGCACGGCGAUUUUUCAAGCGAACAUUUAUUUAAAGAUUAAAUACAAGUGACAACGUAACCUUUCGGUGUUAUAAUAGAAUAGGUAUCGAUGGAAUACUGGACGUUUAGAAUAUUAUACAAUUAAGUAGACAGAUCGAUACGAAUAACCUAUACCGCGGGUGUGGUUAUUUAUGCUUCAACUCAAUAUCGAAUCAACAAAACGAUAUUUCUCGGUCGAUUUAUUUUACACAAUCGUUGUGGAAAAUAUCAAACACAUUCGCUAUAGUUGUGCGAAACAAUAAUUGAUUCACAGAUUCUAAACGCGGCGAGGAACGUAUUGAAUUUACUAUGACGUAUGCUAUUUUUCCGGUCUGCUUACAACUUUUCCACCGGAAAUCCAACUCGGAUCGUCAACUUCAGUAUUAGCUUAGCUGUUAUCGAAUAUUGUGUACAUAGAGCAUUGGUGAGGAGAUUGUUUUCCUUGUAAUUUUUUUAAUGAUUCCGAAAAAUCGGAAUGUUUACACAAUAAUAACAGUUUUUUUUUGUAAUUUUCAAUGUUAUUUCUUUUUUUAAUUCAGUUAUAAAUAAACACAGGGAUCUGGAAUGUGCACCGAACACUUAUAUUAGUAUUUUCUAGACGUGGUUUAGUUUUCAAAUUAUUCGAUCGAUUUUUCAGCUAUUUAUAGACAUUUUAAUUUUCAGACAUUUUUACGUAAUUUUUAUUUGGUGGAAACUCGCGGAUAAAAUUUGUUUUGUUUACUUGGUUUUAAUCAGACCGAGAUUUUUGAGGGAAAGUUCGUUUAUUUGAAAAAAAAAACCACACGUUACAGUAUACCCAAUACAUUCCCGUUACGUUCAAUAUCUAAAAAUAUGAAUACUUACGACAGUAGUAUUAUGCAUAAACAGAGAAAUACUACACUAAACGUUCCGUUAAAAUUUAAAAAAAAAUCAAUAUUUCCACAAUUAUAAUAUUUUCAAUUAUUGAAAAUACGAAAAAAAAAUAGCGUAAUAUUGUUAAGUUUUAUUAUUUCGUUUUAGUGAGAAAAAUAUUUGUCGGUUGCGCUACAAUCCCGCCCGCUAUCGAUACUCAAAUUCAAAUUCUUUUUUUUUAAUUGGUUUUUUUUUUUUUUCCUAUCGUGUUUCAGAAAGUUUUCAAGGACAAAACGAAAAGGCGCUCUUGAACCACCUCCUAGACCAAUACAACCCUCUGGAGAGGCCCGUAUCCAACGAAUCCGACCCACUCGAAGUGACGUUCGGAAUUACGCUACAGCAGAUAAUUGACGUGGUUUGUAUUUAUAUAAUAUUAAAAUAACGCGUACCGCACAGGUACACACGGCUUGUGGAUGUGAUAACAAUAAACGUUGUCCGAUCGCCAAAAAAAAAAAACGUUUCCGAUGUACACGGCGUGAUAAAAGUGCGCGCGGAUGCGAAUGGCUCGGCACGGUUUUUCGGCGCGAGCGGCUCGAGUCCCCGUCCGCGACGCGAGUUUUGAAAAACCGCGGUACGUCACGCCCCCUCCUCCCUCCGCCCCGCCGCCCACACCUCCCAAAACGUCCGAAUCCACAGUGCACGGCGGUUACGGUGCCAACGACAGUGGCGAACGUGCGGCACAUCGGUUCGCGAAAACUGCCUGAACGCGGCCGGACUUUCGGGAAACGCGUCACGGAGACAAGGCCCCCGACCGCAUUUUCGUCUCGCGUCACACUAACCGGACCUAAAACCAAACCGUUCAAACGUAACCCCGUAGCGUACGCUUGCCCGGCAAAAAUAAACUAAAACACAGUCGGAUUGCGCGCAGUUUAAUUCUGUUGAAAGAACCCGCUGUCGGCGAAAUAAAUUCGAACGUUGAAAACGUCCGGUCUGCGACAAGCGACCGCGAUAGCCGGUCACUCGAAUUAGAGGGGAAUAGUAAUUUCGUUUUAAAUAAAAACGGUCGCGUCCGCUCCCGCCGUGUUUUAUUUCGAUAAAACGCGCCGUUACCGUUCGGCGAACAAACGCGGUCGAUACCGUUUACAUUAAUAUUAUUGCGGACGGCAAACACCGCGCGGGGCGACGCGUGCAGCGUUAACGGCGCUGGAAAAUCCGGUCCGCUCCGCAGUUGACUCCGGCCGCGUCGACCGCGGCAAACGCGUUUGAAUUUCGUAGCGGAGCCCUUUUCGGGAUUUCCCGUUUCGAACCGCGCGCGCGCCGACGCGGCCGGUGGGUGUGGGUGCGCGGUCGACAACCGCCGCACUGGGGUCGUCCGGUUUAAUCGCGGCUGUCCGCGUAACGCGUUACGCGUCCGGGUUUCGCCGAUUGUUUGCGAAAACCCGCCGGGGAAUUCGAAAAAACGACCGCCCGCCGAUACGCCGACUACGUCCGAAAUGUUAUUUCGGGGCGCGCUACCGGUUUUCCGAACGGAGCGCGAGAUUUCCGGCGAGAAAAUCGUCGUUGCCGACGGGAAACACAAAUGGCCAACACAAAACCGCCGCUCGCAAUCUGUAUUGACGAACCCGAACGCGAAAAUCGUUUUUUUUUUUUUGGUUCUCGAUAAUUUAUAAUUACGGCGGUGCCUCGCGGACGGGUAGGGAGGGGAGCGCGAAAUCCGGUCCGUCCGGUGCGCGUGUCGGUGUGUAAUCCCGCCGCAUCGUGCGUACACGACCGCGUACAACGUACAACGCGGUACGCAUCGCCGUUGUCGCGGUCCCGCCCGUCAGUCCUCCCGCCGUGCACGGGUGCCAGCGGGUAUAGCGAUUUUCCGUUUCGCGCAUCGCAUUAUCGUCCCGCCGACGCCGCGUGAAAUAUCUCGCGCUAAUCCGUGCGAAUCGAAACGGGCUACGGGUGCGGGGCACGGGAUGCGGGCGACGUACGCGCGCGGCCGGCAAUUUUUUUUUUUUUUCGUCCGCGGUGUUCAAACGGUUUCGACGCGAUAACCGCGCGGACGAACGGGCGCCGCCGUCAACGGGCGAACGCGUGGACAACGAGCCGGUCCCGUCGGCCGGUUCGCGCAGCGGGCUAUUUCAAAACCGCCGCCCUGCCCUCUCGCCCCUCCGUCUCCCACCCGCGCUAAUUGUUACGGUCGGUCCGCGGCCGGCGCGCAGCGUGCGUUUUUUCGCAACAUUCACACCGUGAUCGGCUCGCGUGCGGCGAACGCGCACCGUUGCCGUCGGUUAUUGGUGUUUACUGCCCGCGCGGUUAUCGGAAAACACGCGUGGCCGUCGCGCGGCCCGAACGGCCGCGACACCCGCGCCAGCAACAACCGUUUAAACGGGCGACGACGCGAGCCAACGGCGACGGGGGCCCGCGAGACGUCGAGCGCCGUUACGGGCGAUAACACCCGCGUCCGCCCGCGCCGUAGUCUCGACCGUCACGCCGCGACAUUCGGGACGUUUUCGGCGUGCGCGGUCACGAGUAAAAACCAUAAACCGAACGUAAUUAACGAGCGGCCGUCCCGGAGACGGGUGUGCUGCGACACUAUAUCGUGUGACGGCCACUUGAGUAAAGGUCGCGGUUUCCCCCCCCCCACCACAAACACACGCUAGCGUUCGGCUGCGUACACUCGCCCCGUGCGCGGCUACGCCGCCGUCGUACGCCGCGCGUUUCCCGUUUUUCCCGAAAAUGCGGAUUGAAAUAAACGGAUACAUUCGACGAGCGUUCGGCGCGUUAAAACACACACACGCACACACACACACACAGUCCCGUGUAAAUAUAGGUACCUGCGUGUUGAAUGUUAAUUUGAAAAAAAAAAAAUAAAAAAAUUUUAAUACAUACACGUACAUCGUAUUGUUUUUAACUUUAUUAUCAUAAUCACGUCCGGCGCCGUUUCACAUACUAAUUCGUUUUGGUCCAUAAAAAAAUACUACGUACACCAACACGUGUUUUCACAUGCGAAUUACGAACCGUAAAUAAACGCGCACGUUGAUUUGCGGAAUUUAGUUUUUCUUGAUUGUUUUUUUUUUUUUUUUUUUUGGUGAGAAACCGCGUAACUAUUGUUUAUCCCAAGAGGAAAGGCACAGGUCGGAUACUAGGCGGAAUUCGGUUUGCGUUUGCCGUAAUGAAACGAAAGGUCGAACCAAAGUCGUUGUCUCCGCAAUAUUUUUCGAAUAUGUUAACGCGCAUUUUGCCGACAGCGCCGUUGAAAUAGAUACGUUUUUCGCGUCUAUUCGAACGACAUUCGAUCGUACGAUAUAUUGUCGUAUGACGCCUGCCAGAGACAAAAGUGCAUUAUUGUAUUUUCGAUAAAACGAUUACUGAUGGCUAUAACAGACGGGAUAAGUUUUUCCGCGAUAUUUUAACGGCGUGUCAGUGAAUAUCAGGCGCGUGUCUGCAGAUAUACCUCGUCUGCGACCGAGACGAUAUUUUGUCCAAUAUUCCUCUAUAAUGAACACAACUACAUGUUAAGUAAAGAUGUUAAGUAAGUCACAAUCACUUCCCCGGAACGUCCUCGUAUUACCGUACAUCCGCAUAGGGCUCAACGAAAUUUCCCUCCCUAGGAAUUUAUUGUCGACACAUUUCCGCGAAAAACAUUCUAGGUGCGCUAUUGCGUGUACCGCUAAAUGUCUCAGCCUGAUUACCACCAUACUGAAAUGUGAUUUUCCGUAAUACGUUUUCUAGCUACCGUGUCCGUGUAGAAUCCGUAGUAUGUACCGAAAUUCACAUUUCAGGAUAAAUUUCAAAUUUUCAUCUCUUCUGGAAUAAGCAUACAAAUUUAUUUUUCGAAUAAACAUACCGAUUCAUAACGUCAGAUCCGAAUAGUAAUUUUUUUUUCAAAAAACUUUAAUCUAUACAUUAUUUUUCAUCUCGGAAAUAACCCCGUUUACCCCCUCAAAUAUGUGUCUGGCGAAUAUCGCUGGUUUAAGCACCUCGUUUUAAGUUGGUUUUGCGGUAGGAACGGUGCAUUUGUGUCGUUUUAACGAUACAAACGUUCGAUAAACCGAACGCGAUUAAGACAAUUGAAUCGGAAAAAUAACAUCAAACUAUGAAGUUUAAUUGAGACCCGGUUGGUUUGAACUCACUUUUUACUACUCGCUGAAGAAUUCAAUUUUUUUUAUUAAUUCCUACUAUCACAAUACAUUAUAAUUAAAAACUGUUCGAUUUUCGAACCGAACCGAACCAAAUAUCGGACAGUUCGGUUCGAAAAUCAUUCGAUGUCGAUUCUGUGUGGUCACCAAUACGACGUUUUGUGUCGGGACAGAGCGGCAUUGUUACGAAAAAAGAAAAUUCUAUUUUUUCUCUUUAGUGGGUCUCAUAAUCGUAAAUUGGUAAAUGUCGUAGAGGUUAACCUUUUUACUUUUUUAAUGUUCGAGUUCGAUAAAAUAUUUUAAAAGUUCGGUUCGGUUCUGGUUCGUUAAUUUUAAGGAAAAUUCGGUUCGGUUCGGCCUUAAAAAUCAGGGUUUGUACCAGCUCUAAGUAUAAUGGCUAUGAAUAAGUUAGAAUUUUCUCGUUUUAUAACAAGUUAGCAUUUGCCGCACUCGUUCAACAGAUCGACAUUUUGAAAAUCAAAAUCUUCAACGUAAAUAAAUAGAAUAUAGAUAUUUGGUAAAUACACAUUUAUACUAUUUGGAUAAAACGUUUUAAAGGUUGACCUCGGCAUUAUUAUACAAAAAAAUCAUCGUUGUGAAGUGUUUCAAAUAAUUUCCUAUGUUUGAAACGUUCACAAAUAAAAUUAAAAUAACCAAUAUGAUCAGAAGAGUGAAGAUAUCUAUAUACAUGUAUUUUUAAAAUAAACUGUUUCCGUUAUUUUGGAUUAAAAAGUAAUAUUGUUUUUCAAUUUUUUUUUUUUUGCUACCUGUAAUAAAAUUGUAUUUAUAAUUAACCAUUUUUAUAAUAUAAUAUUUACAAACUUUUUUUUCCAAACAAACAAACAUGUUUAAAACAUAAUUUUUGUAAUUAAAACAUCUUAAAAAAAAAAAAAAAAAACAUAUAUAUAUAUUUUAAAAGAUAGUGAUGAUAAUUUCCUAUCAUCCAACACUUACCGUCUGUAUUGCUCAGUUUCGUCCGUUGCGUCACAUCGAGCUUUAAGAUUAACUAUAAAUCGUUAUUUUAUCUAUUCAAUUUAUUAGUUUAUACAAGUUUAUUUUAGUUUAGUUUAUAAGAAAACACAGCAAAAUUAAAGCUAUGCCUACCGAAUGUGAUUGUACAUAUACCUGUUACUGGAAAAUGUUUUUGAAUCGACAUUUCUUAUAAAAUAUGUGGUGCAGGAUCGGCGGUUUAUCGACCCGCUACUUAAAUAUAUUCAUAGAAAAAGUUUCAAUGAAUCUUUUAAGAUGCGUUUUAAUGAUAGCACUACUGUAUAAAUAAAUUAUUUAACUUUAUCCCAUCUCUAUAAAAUAAAAAAUUAACGAUGAAGGUAAAACUUUGCUGAUUUUUAAUUAUUAUUUCUCUAAAACUUUCGUGAAUGCCUGUAUACCUACUAGUUUAUUGCCUCCACAAAAAUAAAUAUUAUGUCAAUUAUCAAUACCGACUAAUACCCAUUUUUAUCGUUUUUUAAUUUCAAGAAUUUCGUUUUCAAGAAAUUUCCGAGAAGAAGUGUCUGAAAUUUAAAAAUAAUUUUUUUUAAUUACAACUUGAAUUUGUAAAUGAAUCCCAUUACGAGCGUUUACCUACUACUAUACGGGAGUGUUCCGAGAAUUAAUUCGGAAUUUGUUCCAUUUAAUUUGGAAAUGUCUUUUAUGGAAUACAUCCUAAUGCACACCUGCCCUAAAAAAUAAAAAAUGGCAUCCACAGCGUUGUCCUUUAAACAAAACGAAAUUUAUGGAAAUUAUACGAAAAUAUUUAAAAAUAGAGAAAUUGUUUUAAUUUCGUUUGAAAUUUAUCCAACAAGAUAAUUUCCCGUUUUAAAAAUUGCACGACACCGCGGAUACAGCACUAAGCGUCAAUAAAUUUGUUGGUGCCUACACGUUUUUAAUCAUCAUUAAUUAUUCAAAAAUAACGUUUUAUAAUUAUAGGUGGCUCGAAUUCCUCGAACUGUGCAGCAACUAUUGAAUAUCCGCGGAAUACAUGACUAUAAUAUCCAAACGAUAACCGUGUAUGGAAAUUGAACGUCUGAAUUAAUUGAUUCGUUUAUAAGUAUCCCUUUGGAAUCCGGGUCUGGAGUUAUUUGACAGCAUUUUACAGACAUAUUAUUAUUAUACAUUUUCCUACAACGCGAUCUGGUUAUAUUAUCCGAUAUAAUAAUAUGCAAGGACGGUUGUACAGAAUGUCCAUAAAAAUCCCGAGCUGUGGUCGUCCAACUCCUGGGAUCAAUACCGACAGUUUUUACAAGGUUUAGCUUAGACGCGACUUAAAUUAUACAAGCAAUAUUACUUUGAUGUCUUGUAUACAACGGCUUACGUGGGAGACAUAGGACAUAAUAUACCUACUGAAGGAUAUUUGGCUUUAUUGAGUCGCGACGAUCAUUAGCGAACAACGCUUUUACAUAUUCCCGAAUUUCUAAAACUUCUCAGCUGUAUUUUCGACGUCCCAAGCUGUCUAAACCGGAUUUCGCAUGAAUAAGUUGUUGUUGUUUUUUUUUUUUUUUUUUUAAUUAUUCAAAAAAUUAUAGAUUUUUUUUCGUUAUAUAUUAUUACUUCGAACGUAAAAAAUUGUAUAUUAAAUGUAGAAAAUGGACAUUUUUCUUUUUGACUAAACCACUAUUAUUAUUGUGUACAUUUAGCCGUAGAAUAUGCACGCAGUUUUGGUGCGUGUUUUAUUAUUUUAUAUUUUAUGAAUAAAAAGUGGAUGUAAGAAUGUAAUAUUGUCCCCCUUUGCAACAAGGCAGAGAAAAAAUAGUCAUGUCAAAAAAGGUCACGUCCAACAAAUAAUACACAAUAAAGUGAACAGCGCUUGAAUACUGCUUUUAAACAUUGUGAAGGUAAAACACGUAUCUUCGAGGUAUUGCUCAAAAUCUGAAUACAUAAUAUAUUAUUAACAAAUUAGUAAAUGAAUACAUUUUUUUUUAGUCUUUUUAAAUUUUUGGAUAUUUUUUUUUUUUUUUUUUACUUCUUGAUCAUUACAUAUUAAACUUCUUUAUGAAUAAUUGCAUUCAUUUUUAUUAUAAGUAGAUUGUUAAUAAUUUAUAAAUAUAUAUAUUACACGACUACUUUAUUUAUACUUGUCGGUCGAUUGUCCUUUUCGGUAUUUUGGUUGUCAGUAGGUUGUCCUGUCGGUCGAAUGAUUGUCGAUCAACUGACCCAGAUCCCGUUCUACGCACGCAGUACGAUUUUAGAAACAUUCCAGCAAUAUUUUAGUUGUUAUUACCGUUUUUAAUGUCCAAGUCUUUUUACAAUAACUUGUUCCAACUCUCGAGAAUUCUCUAAAAUUAGAUACGAGGUUUACAUGAUACAUUUUUCAAAUGGAACUAUAAAUUUGUAAUUCGGUGGUGAUUUCUUUUUUUUUUUUUAAGCCUUUUUAAAUUAAAAUUUUGACGAAUACCGUAAAAGUCACGGCAUUUACCAAACAUACUAUUUUCUACCAAACAUCAUAGCUCAGAAUCGUCUUUAGUUUACAAUGAUUUAUUUUUGUGUCAGUGAAUACAUUUUUUUUUUUUUUAAUUUCUUGAUUCCCUCGGUUAAACGGGAGACCAAUAAUUCUUUAUUGAUUAGCAACCAGUGUUUUUACAAUUAUUAUGAAUUAUGUCCGGUUUUGUAUUAAUUUUUUUUUUUUUUUUUUUGACGAUAGGUAUCUACGAUGAUUGUGGUUUCAAACGAGCACCCGUACAUACCCCGUAAUAAGUACGAAAAACGAUAAUCGGUUGACAGUAAAGUAGGUCAAGUUAGGUGGUCCGAUAUUCAGGCCGAACUUCUAUAAAUAUGUAACAUUUUAGCGGCCCAAUACACGAGCGUCCAAAAGAAUUCUCUAAGAAGUGCUCAAAGUACUUAUAUUUUGAAAUCUGUCCCGAAUUUCGUGAUUUAUGAUGGUGAGCGGUAACUAUAUCGGAAUACUUACUCAGUUGGAAAUAUGAAAUUACGUUUUAAAAUUAAAGAUUAACUCGAAAUCACAUUUUUAUUUAUAUUAUAAGACCAGCAUGGUUAUUGGUUACAUUGAAACCGAACUCGUUUCCGUUAUUAUUAUACAAUUUUAUUAGUCAAUAUACGUUGUCGUGUAUCUAUUAUCUAAUUAAUAUAUUUCGUCAAAUGCUGUACACUUUGUGUUCUUAUUUCCAUUGUGUUUAUUUUUUUUAUUUUUGUUUUAUAAUAAUCAUUAAUAUCAUCGUUUUGGUGUGUUUAGGAUGAAAAAAAUCAAAUCGUCAUCACGAAUGCAUGGUUAAACAUGGUAAGUACCCGCUUAUUUAUUAUUUCAUCAAUAAUAUUAUAUUUCAGCAAUUACGAAUUACAUAUUUUUAUUAUCGUUCUAAUAAUACGCAUCCGAUAUUAAAACAGAUUCUAUAAUAUUCAAAUCGACGAAAACGCAAAUAUUCAUCGAUUGUUUGUUACCUACUCUUGUGAUGAUAUUAUUUAAAAUGAUAUAUUAUGAACGAACAAGUUUUAUGGAUUAUGUCAAGAGGGCUCGCAUGUGCUAUCUCAAUCCAACCAACCGGCAGUAUGGCGAAAUUUAUUUUACACAUACUGCGUAGAACUCGGUUUUGGGGUAAAAAAAAACCUGUUAUAAAAUUAAAAGACGAUAAUAUUCUGGAGGACAAGACGGAUGCGUUUCUUUAUUCAAAUUCGUUUUUAUUAAUGUUACAGUCAUUUAAAAACAAUACUGAAUUACCUAAUCAUUAUUUCUAAACGAUUUAUUGAACGCGUUAUAUUCGAAAUAAUAAUUAGAAAACUAGGAGAAACGCAUCGUCUUGACCUCCGAGUGUUGUCCUCGUUUAAUUUUACAAUAGGUGGACUUUACUCUAAAACUAAAAUUUAGUGUUAUACGCAAUCUGCGUAAGGAAGAUUUUGCUAUAUUACCCGUAAGUUACACUGAGACAACACACACGGGUAUUUAUGACGUCCUCGCAAGCCAUAAUAACAUUAACGUUCUCAGCGCAGCGAGGAAUGUAAUGGGUUCACUAUGGCGGGUGCUUUUUUUAAGAAAUAAAAUAUGAAAAGGAAAAACCGUCAUAUAAAAAAAGAACAACUUGUAAGCUCGACCAUCAAAAACCCGAAAUUCCACGGUGAAUACUCGUACCGCGUAUUAAACUUUCACUAUGUCAAAACAACGCGUACAAAUAAUCGUAUGAUCAUUGAUUACAGAAGAAUAAUAAUAGAAGGAAGCCUAGAAGACACAUAAAAAAAAAUUAGCUUCCCCUGCAAUCAUUGAACUCAUAUUUAUCAAUGGAACGGUUUUGUCUGUUUAUGACCACUCUUCUAUUAGAAAUAUUGCCCCGAUCAUUUUAAUUUUUUGAUUCUUUAGUAGUUUCCUAAAUAAUAGGGGAGAAGUAAAAUUGAGGAGAAACGUCGGGAAAACUGAAAUAUAUACAUGAUCACGAUUUCUGUUUUACUCGAUUUUAUUUUUUGUUGUAAUUCAAUGAAAAUAAUGGCAGAGACUUGAAGUUCCACCGAGUAAUUAUGUUACCCCUUUCGAGAUCCAGAUAAUAUUUUCAAAACAUUCUGGAAAUUAUUUAUAGCCAUUUGUCAGCUGGAUGGACCGACACGAUGGAUUCGACAAUUCCACAGUACGUAGGUAUUUUAAUUCCGAGAGAACAAAAAAAAACCUCCAGCAAAUUGCAAUACAAUAGUUGAGCUAGUUUAAUUUAAAACGACCGUUGAAAAACAAAAAAAAAAAUCGACAGAAUGUUAGAAAAGUAGUAUACAGGAAUUUAUUUAAUUGAUAUCGGCUACUACGAAAACUAACGAAAAUCGAUUCUGAGCAAAGUUCGAUUAUUCGUGUUUUUAAAUGCCAUAGUUUUUAUGAUUUUCGUCAAAAUAUCAACGUUAAUACUUAUGCAAAUAAAACUGCUUCAUAAGCUAAAUUUUUUUAAUUUUUUUACUACCAAGUAAAACUUACGAAAAUCCCAUUAAAUUUUCAACAUUUUGGAUGGGAAACAAAUUGUAUUCACAAAAAUCGAAAAAUUCUAGAAAAAAAAAACACAUCAUAGUAAAACCAAUACGUUCCUCGGUCUGCUCAGAAUCUAAAACAACAUUCAAUAUAGAGUAUACGUGAAUAUUGAAAUACUAUAACUCGCAAAAGAAAAUAUUUAUUUUUUAAAAAUAUGAAGUAUUGUGUUCGUAGAUACUUUGAACGAGUAGUUUUGGAUUAUUUUUAAUAUGUUAUUUUUGUUUCGGUGUUUGCAUUUCUACGCCAACGAACUGAACCGAAUCCCGAAAGCUCAAAAACGAAACAAAAUAUAAUAUUGUAUUAUUUGAAAACGUAUGAACGUUUCGCAUGGAUAGGUGAAUUGAAACCAGAGUUGAUUAAGAUUUCGGAAAAUAAUAUUUAGUCUUUGGAUCAAAAGACCGCUGUAUAGAUUUUCGAAACGAUCCGAGUUUAAUUUAAUCAAUACCUGCGCAUACAAUAGUAAUAUAAUGGCGUGUAUAUUAUAAAACGACACUAUAAUGCUCGUUCUGAAAUGUCGAGUUCGGUUUAGAUUUCGCAUAAUAGCCGCACAGUUAGACCAUAAAUUAUUGUUUGUCACCACGCUAAUGGCGCCACCGUGUUAUUCAAAGGCCAAUGGCGACUUCAACGUGAUAUACAAGCGCAACUCUCGAGUUACAAAAAAAUAUGCAUAUUUAUUUUUUUUUUUACGAAAAGUUACGGGUUCGAGAAAAGUACAAUAAUGAAAUCUGCGCAGUGAUAAUCUGUGGAUCAAAUACGAUAAUAUCUAUCGCAACACUAUGCGUCCACGCGUUCUUAUUUCGGAGCCGUCGAAACCAACAGUUUUUCGUUUCAUUCGACAGUGCGUAGAUAAUUAUAAAUUUGAAAUUCGAAAUUGCAUAGUUCAAAUUGAGUACAUUUUUAUUAAUUUGAAAACGUUACUUAAAUUUUUAUUUAUCAUCUUUCUUUAUCGAUUUGUACCCUUAAAACGGUUUCAUUUUUCCAAACAUUCGGUUUGCUAUUCGGUUCGCGUUGUCUUUUACGAAUUAUUACGAUUUGAAUUUACAUAAAUCUCGUGCGUUUCGACGUUGAAUUACUGUACAUUUUUAUAUCUAGUAAACAGGAACGAUUUAUUAUUUUUGCCACGUGUAGAAAGUCAUCGGAAACAUUUACAACAGCCGGUUAUCGUCAUACUGCUUUGGCACUAAUCCAUUCAAUUACAAGUGCCGCGUGUAUUUUUGGCUGGAAAUCGAAAAAAGUAAACAUUUCGGGUCUUGCCCCCUUCUGUUCAAGACACGCUGUAACAGAGAUAAUGGCGUGAAAUAUUUACGUGUCAAAAAGGUGAAAGUAGACGAUUAAACUUUUCCGAAGGGAACGCAUAGCAACCUACAUGAACACGUUGAAAGGAUUUCGCCCUAUACGUAAAAAUAAAAUAAGACGACUGAGGUAAAAGAAAACAAAUCUGAAUAAAAAAUACCUAAUUUAUAUUUUGAUUACAGCUGAAUACAUAAUUUAUGUAGAUGUCUGUAUUCCAAUGAUAGACGACCUGCUGUGAUGUUUUCAUUUAUUCAAUACUAGAGACCGGGGGAAUUGUAUUUAUUAUUAUCGGUUAUCAUUUGUGUAAUAACAUCGUGGAGCAUAAUAUUACAUCAAGGAUUACAAAUUAAUCGGUUGUAAUAUUAUUAUCGUCACAUAAUUUUAUUUUAAACGAAAAAUCGUGUUAAAUUAAUUCUAUAAAAAUGAAAGGAAAGGUUUGCGUAUACAUGUGCGAUCAGUACAGUAGUCUGAAAAUGUUCAUACAGAAGCGAAUAAAUCGAUAUAUGUGUAUUUCGAAGCUGGAUUUCCGAAAUUCAACCCUAAAGGAUUUUUGGUAUUAAUUUGCUAAAAUUAAAUUCACUUAUUGAUUUCGAGGUUACCUUGUAACACCGACGAAAUAAAAUAAAAGGAAAACCUGAGAGACAAAUCCAAUUGAAUUUCUUUUGUUUAUUUCGGUUUAUGACAGAAUUUUUUUUUUUUUUUUUUAAUUUGUUUUUAAAUGGUCAAAAGAAAGAGGCAAGAAUUGAAUUGGUACGGGUAAAUUCCAUGCGGGACAGUUGAUUAUAUUGUAAUAAAAUCGACAACGGGUAACUAGAAAAUAAUAAUAAAAUACUCGGCAUAGAAAUGUACGCCGAUUUGCCUUUAAUUGAUGAAUUAUUACGAAAACAGUAUUUUAUUAAUGCCGUGAAAUAUACAUUAGAUUGGACAGGCCUGCACUCUUUUCAGUUUUGUUGUAUUUUUUUUAAAAAAUUAAGAAAUGAAAUACGAAAAAUUAGCCAAAACAAUAUAUCGUGUUAAUUGUGAACAUUGAAGGACAAUUAGUUUGAAUUUCAAUGUUUCGUAUGUAUUAGACGUAUAAAAAAAAUAUCGGCACCUAAGCCCUUUCUUAUGAAUUAUUGAAUAAACUCAGCAUAAUUAUUAAGUAACUGUACUUCCCGUAUUUGAGGUAAUGCCGUGGUCCCGCACAAUAUUUUGAAAAAUUGUAUACUUUAUAAACCGUAACAUACAGGAUAUAGCUAAAUAAAAUUCACUUUGUUUUCUACUGAGAUUAAUUAACAAGAGCCCGAUAUAAUAUAUGAAUAUGUUUAUUGUUUGGUUCAUCUCGCAACGAAGUAAGAAGAAAGCGGUAAACGAUUAAAACGAACACAAAAGAUUAUUAACGACUUUUUCACCGUUGGAGCACGCCUAACCUAUACCCACCUGAUUUAAAACCAACUAAUAACGUAUAGGAUCGUAGUUUAUUCCUCUGUUUUUAUCAUGGUAAAUUAAAUAAAAUUAUCAAUAAAUCACUCUAUAUUAUAGGGGGCUUAAGUAGGCAGUAAUUUCCAAACUACUUAAACCGGCGAGUGAAAGAAAUGAAGUGAUUGCAAAUUCAAAGAUUCUUUUCAACGCCCUCCUAAUAGAACCCAACGAAUUUCAAUGAAAAUGCGGUGUGGUGAUAACAGGGGUUGAUAAUAAAAACAGUUAUCGCGAGGAUAACCCGGUAUAAGAAAACGACCACUGGGGAUACGCCGCCGGGGAUGGAAAGAUUGUGUAUUAUAAGAGAUGCAUAAAUUGUGUAAUCUGGAAUACAAAAGGGAAAAUCGACGGAAGACUGAGAUAGAAUGAUAAAAAUACUGUCGGAGGGCUGGUAUUAAAGACCUCUGGAAAAAAACAUUGUCGAUACUGUUAUCGAUGUCAUAAAAUACAGUAGACUCUCGGUAAUUUGAGAAACUCCAUAAAUCGAACUAAUAAUGUUUUAGUCCCCGGAGAAAACCCCAAAGAAACUCGAAGGAAACUAGUGCAUUUUUGUCCCGUCCGCAUAAAUCGACGUGUAGGGCGACAAGAAACGUUAUCUACGAGCAUUAUAAAAUACGAAUUUUUUUAACAACAAAAAUCUUUAUUAUUCGAACUAAUACAGACAUAGAACAAUCAUUGACUUUGUGCGUAUUAAGAAUAAUAUGCUCGUAUGUAUAAAUUAAGCGCUGAAUAAUAAUCGGCCGCGUCGGUAGCGUUUUAUUACCGUACUUUAAUCGGUAAUAACUUUUCAAAUUAAUAAAAUGUGGUUAGAGUGUUCAAAUAUUUUAUACAGCGUUUUGGACAAUGUUUUUGAACUGCAGACCGCGGUGAAAAACAUGAUCUAAAAGAAGAAAUUGUAAUUAUCAUAUUAUUAUAAUUAUUAUUAGAUAACGGGUUUUAUUGCAAAAUCAAUGCAUGUAGUAUGGACUAAUUUUUCUUGAAAUACGGAAUACAAAAUUCAAAAUGUGUAAACAUCGAAAAAACGUGUUAGUUAGCAUUGAAAAUAACAAAAAAACAAAUUGCGUUUUUAAUAUUAUAAAUACUAAUUUACAGUAAUUACAACGAAUGACGUAGGUAUAUAAAACUAGGAUUUCUCUUCCGGAACAAAGCAAUUAGAAAUGACGCUUCGUCACUUUUACAUGUCUCCUUAUGGGAAACUCUUUUAAAUAAUAAUUCGUUUUCGAUUUCACAACUUUCGGCAUUUUAAAAAUCGGAAAUUAUACACGUACGAUUGUCAACUACCACUUCCUUAUUUUAUAUUUUAAAUCGUCCGGCAUUAGCAAUAUCCACAAUGGUGUAUACAGUACAACGUACAAUAUUAUGCUAGCGUUUCAUAUUUGGUUAUCCCCGAAUUAGCUCUAAUCUAUAGCGGCUAAGCACGUAAAUGCCAUUUAUGCAAAGCAGAAUAUUUCGGUCGUUGUCAAAAAUUACUAAUCCUGUCGUUGUAUACAAAGCGGCCAGUGUUUGUCGUCGUCAAAAAUCAAUGACAGAAUCAAUACAAAAUAUAUUAUGUUUAUUUAUCAAACAUGCAAAAUCUAAUUUGGGCCUAUUUCAAUUACAAUGGCGUAUAAACCGUACACAUUUUUUAUCAAAUUAAAAACAUCUCAUUUCAAUAAAAAUAUGUAUUUACAAUAAAAUCCGUUAUUGUUAUUAUUUUAAUUUAUAAUAUUAUAAUUUUUACUGUAGUUCAAAUCGUUUUUACGUUGCCCGCAGAGAAAUGUUUCGACAUUCUUAUUAAAUUGGAUUUGUUUCUCUUUCUCCCACAAAUUGUUGAAAACCUCGAUAAUUUUAAUUUCUACCGUAGGCCUUUGAAUUGCGUAUUAUCGAGAGUUUAUACGGUGAAUAAAUUAACAUUAUAUUGCACCGCAGUAUAAUUUGUAUACAAUAAAAUACGAUGUACGAGAUAAGCAAACAAAUUAAACAUUAUAUAUCAUUUCGCCGCGUUUGUUUUGUUUUGUGCUUGGUGUUUUUUUUUUUUUUUUUUUACCGGUCAUCCAAUUGCGUUUGACAGCGGGUUCAAUCGGAGUGGGUACAAAUAAUAUUAUUCGCGAAUCAAAUAAAAUAUCUUCCGGUCAUUCCCAUGGGAGGGGAGAGGAACGUAAAAAAAAAAAAAAACUCAGUGACGGUGGUUUUUAUUCGUCCGUAAAAUCAAAACCAAUAUUUUGAUAUUUUUAAAUUCGCAACAACACGGCAGCGGUGAAAGUGAUCAUGCGAAAAUUUACCGUCGCGUUAUUGUACAGAGGCGGAAGGCGAUCGUCCCUUUCACUGAACUCUUCCCCACCCCCCACCCCUUUGAGACGCGUCUAAGUCCUAUACACAUAUAUGUGUACUGACACGGGGAACAGAGCAACAGCGAAUAUUAUCGAUACGUAGUUAUUCUCACCGAUAUCACGUUGCUGUGUACAAAAACAGUGCAGAGAUGACUAUACACAAGAAUACCAUAGUUUAUUAAACAAAUUAUUAACACAUCUUUUACUAUUAAUUAUCGUUUUUUAGACUAUCCUUCGGUGUAAUUAUGUACACAAAGCGGUUAUCGAAGCGAGCUCACCAGAAUUAUUUAAUGCAUAAAUAAUGCGUACUUAUUCAAAUUCUGUUGUAUUUUUUUUUUUUUUGGAAUUUGUAUAAUAUAAUAAAGAUUGUUCUCUCUAAUACUGCGAUUUUUUUCAUAUCAUUUCAGGGAUAGCUGACAUUUUUGACAUUUCGAUAAGUCAGAAUUUGAAUAAAAAUCGUUUAGUAACAUUUCCCCGUAUUAUAUAUAUUUUUUUUUUUUGUGUUCAUAAUCUGGAAAGAACAACCUGUCCUAAUAUACAUGAUGAUGAAUUUGAAUAAUUCCUAAACUGUUUUUUUUUUCUUCGAAUUUAGAAUUCAAAAACUUUACAUAAAUAAAAUAUUCCAGUAAAAUCGGCCGGAAAAUAUUACUUACUAAAAAAAAAAAAAAAGUGGUGUCAUACGAAAAACAAAAUUGAUUCUAUUAUAAUAUAUAAUACGUCACUCUUGGAACAAUAUAAUGUGUCCAAAUAUCUUGUGGACUUAAUAAUAUGUACAUAUUAUUUACGUUUUCUGAAAAACAAAAUUUGAAUAAAUCCAUUAUCUAAGCAUAAAAUUAGAGUAACACACUUAAAAAAACAAACGGCCAUACUUCAUACGAUAGACAGGCCACUGUUGUAUAGAUGAGAAGUGGGAAAAGUAACGAGAAAAGUUAAUGUAUAUAUGUACGUAAAGAUUAAUCAGUGCUGACGAAAACGAUUCUAAACGAAUUUCAGUUAUACAGAUUUCAUAAUAUUUACGAUUUAAAAAUAAUACAUUUCGUACAUUUUCCCGUUUUUCCAAUUUUUUAUGAAAACUCCUGGAUAAAUCAAAAAAUAACAUCCUUAAAGUACUGCUCCGGUUAGAUUUCUUUUUAGAAAAAUUGCUACACUUGAAAACGGGAGCGAAAUUUCUGGUAGAUAAAUUGUUCACAGAAAAAAAAAACAUGAUUGUAAAAACAAUACAUUCCUCGAUCCGUUCAAAAGUACAAAAAGUGCAAAUACAUCGGAAAUUGAUGAUAUUUAAAAAUGUGAUUGUCCCGCUUCCCGCGUUGCCCGUGUUAGUUUUUCAUUUUUUUAAACUCUAUUUCCGUUUUGCUUUGUCCGUAUCAAUUUAUUGAACAAAAAUAAAAAAAAAAAAGACGGAAAGUGGGUAGUUCGCGGACUAAAAGUGUUCUGGUAUACCAUACAUUUUAUCAUUCGUAUUACCAUAGAUACUCGCACAACAGAGAAAUUAAACUAUAAAGCCGCGAUUCGUAACAACCCUAAAAUUAUGAGGACAUAAUAGUAGUGUUGUUACUGUACCAAAAAACACAAAGAUUCGGAAAUGACGUUUUACAUGUUUUCAUUUUUCACUUACCCACCCAGUAUAGGGCAUAGUUUUUUGUUUUGUUUUUUCAUUUAUGGUACAGAGGUAGCCCAUCCUAUUUCAAGCCGAAAAUAGACCGGCAGAUAGACUGUUUCUAUUAAGUUGUUAUAAUUGUUAUAGCUUUUUUAUUUCUGUUUAUUUUUUUAUUUUUUUUUUCCAUUUCAUCCGUGUUACUAUAAUUUAACAAAAAUAAUUUAAUUUUCGUGGCAAGAAUACCUAAUUACCAUUCAUCCCCUGUUUCGUCUCCUUCAAGUUUUAUUUUCGCGAUAAAAAGGAGCUUAUGUUUUCUCCAAGGUCACGUCUAUCUCUGUACCAAAAUUCAUCAAAAUCCGUUCAGUAGUUUUGGCGUGAAAGAGUAACAAACAUUCAUCUAUGGAUCCUCACAAACUUUCAAAUUUUUAAUUAAAAUGAGUAAAAAUCCCUUCGAAAUAAUCGAAUAUAAUUAAAUUGAAAUGUAAAACCAUUGAAGCCCGCCAUUAAUUUUCAUACCAGUCGUCUAGAUUUUCUAUCGGGUCAAAAAAAUAGUAAACAAAUACCAAAAACUACAAUACAUAAACCCUGGUUAUAACUUCAUAGUUCAUACUAGAAUAAAGUAAUCUAACUUUUCUCAAACAAUAACUAUGCCCGAGGAAAAUGUAUACUUAAAAGAAAUUAUUAUACUAAUCAUUUUCAAAGAUAACGGCCGUCCGAUUAGAAUGCACCAAUCCCUUAAGUAACGGUAUUUACACUUAACGAAAACGAUUCUAACAGGAGAUUUUUGUUUUUACUAAAAAGCGGUUUAUUGGAAAUAACUGGAGAAUUUGAAAUAUCAUCUUUUUAAAUACUAUCCAAAUUCUGUGUUUUGUUCAUAGAAUAUGAUCCUACAUGACAAAUUUAGUAUAUUAUGUGCCCCGAAAAGUGUUGGCAAACAAAAAAAGAAAUCACGUCACUGCAGCAGAAAAUGAAUAAAGUUUCCACUCGCCCUCUCUCUCUCUUUCUCUCUCUCUCUCUCUCUCUCUCUCUCUAAAAAUAAAAUUCUUAAUACAAGAUUCUAAAAUUGAAUUCACGUCCAAUGACUAAUAUUAUUCUGCAAGAAGAUGGAAGGAAAGAUUUUAUUUCGAUUACCUAGUUUUCGUUAAUUCAAUGCAAGUCGUUCGGCAAAUGUUUUGUCGGAAAUUAUAAUAUUAACAAUAAUUAUUGUCAUUACGAUCGCGACACCUAGGUAAAGAAAUAAUGUAUUUUCUUUUGAACGUCAAUCCGAAAUCUAACAGGAAACAUCAACGGUUUUUGAAUGCAGUUUUAAUUUCUGUCCGGGUUAUUAUUAUAAUCAUUUGAUCAUAAUAAAAAAGUCCGCGCGUUGUUGAAAUUCACCGCAUAGCAGAAAACUUUUGCUGCAAACAUUACUACGCGUAGUAAAACAUAUAUGGGUAUAUUCGACUCAAACGGGAAGAUAUAUUGUUGCGAGAGCCAAACAUAACAUAAUUCACGCGGGCUCCCUUUUGAGAAAAGUUAUUCGGAAAACUAAUUUCUAUGUUUGGAAACAACCCACGAAAGCUUCGAUUUAAUCUGGUUUUGUCAUUAGAGAAGUAUCCAAGUAUCCCGGUAGUGUAUGGGUACCACCUAUAUAUUAUAUAUAUAUACUUUAGUGAGAACGUAUAGCUUUCUGCAGCCGGGAUCAACACAACGCGCAGGUAAUUUCGGAUUUUGGAUGAAAUAGUUUGUCUACAGUAUGAAUAGUUCGGUAGGUCCCGUUAGAAUUUAUACCGGUUUAGCUUCGGCGAGAAAUCGAAAUUCGAAAAAUUUAUCGAUAGGUAUACAUGUAUAUAUAUUGUGUGGUGUACUCGUGUGAAAUUAUCAAAAUAAUAUUAUUCACUUUUGACGUUAUGUUUACAGGAAUGGGUGGACUACAAUAUGAGGUGGAACAUUUCCGAACACGGAGGCGUUAAAGAUCUCAGGCUCAAUCCAAACAGACUGUGGAAGCCCGAUAUACUCAUGUACAACAGGUUAGAAUAAUCAAUAUCGGUUUUUUUUUUUUUUUUUUACAUAUAUAUAUAUAUAUACCUAUAAGUAUUAAAAUUAUGUUAGUCAAACGAAUACUUAUAUAAUCAGCUUUUUUAGACGCGUGGUAAAACAUUUGGUGAAUUUUUAAUAACUAUUUAUAGGCAUUUGACACUUUCGAGUUUUUAAAUUUUCAUUUGGUUUUGUGUGGAUAAAAUUGUUUUGACCUAACCGAAAUGCGCUAGAUAAUGCAAUUAUUAAGAAAUUAAAAAAUAGACUUCAGCUGUCUAAAAAAUAAUAUUGAACGUAAUGUAGUAGUUUUUUUUUUUAUAAGCGUUUGAAGUUCCAUUUUGACCGUAAAAAUUAAAAAAUAAUAAAGCAAAAACAAAAUUGUUAGAAUAGUAAAUACUCGUAAAUAAAUAAAUAAAUAAAAAUGUACGUAUAGAAAUAAAAAAUUAAUUAAUUAAUGAAUGCGUCGCCUGGAGUAUUAAAAUUACGACAUUUCUAAACAUGUACAGCCGAACUUCGCGUUUUCAUUGUUUCACACAUUUUAUAACUUUAUAUUAUACAUCCUAUCUUUAUAAAUUCUCGCCCAUAACAGUGACACGCCUAUCAGUAGUAUCAGCUUUUUUUUUUAUUAUUAUCAGUUUAAUAAGAAUAAAGGUUAACAUAAUAUUAUGUAAAUCAGAUUUAUCGAUUUUUUUUUUUUUUUUUUUAUUAAGUAUUUCGUCCUGUAAAAACCAACGGGUGUUUACCGUUCGUAAAUCCAAAUCCAAUUUUCUAAUUUCGGAAUAACACCUAAAACGAAAUAUUACUUGAUCCGUAUACGCUCUAGAAAAAUUGAAAUUUGUUUGUCAAGGUUCCGAAAAACUCACACGGGUUAAUUAUAAUGCUAAUGAGCUGUACGUACGUUUUUUAUAUUUUUAUUGACUGUGUAUACAAAGUAAAUGCUUAGUCUAAUAUUAUUGCAGUUAAGCGAAAAGGAUAUAAUAAAAUAAUUAUGUAUUAGUAUGCAGCAGUCUAACUGUCUGUACCAUAUUUGCUCGAAGUAAUUUGUUAAUUUUCAUUUAAAUAAUAUUAUCGCAUAAUUAAAAAAAUUAAAAAAAAAAACAGUCUCCGUAGUAGCGAUAAUAACCAUUGUGUUAGUACCACCGAUGUAGCCAUAGUAAAGUACGUUUACAUUUCGUUCAAUAUAUUUUCGUGUCGUAGAUUAUAAACGAUUUUUAAUGAUUUCAUUGUUUAAGGGCAAUAACAUAUUUAUAUAUAUAUAUGAAUGUUCGCCUAUAGGUUUCUUAUGCCUUCCUAAACCGUUCAUCCGAUCGCCGUGAAACUUUGGGAAGUUGUUGAGUGCAGUUCCGUGAAUGUUUCUGGCAUAGUACAUCUAUGAAAUUCUUCGAUAACUCCACUAUCACCCACUAAAACCGGGAUUUAGGUACUUUCGGUACGAAGAUAAAAUGAUUUGUUUUAUUUAUUGGUUACCUUGGUCAAUAUACGAAUGCUGGGAUAUAUUGGGUUGUCAUGGGCAAAUUUGUAUUAUGUCUACGGUACGUAUUCCAUGAGUGUGUGUGUGUGUGUGUGUGUAUAGGUAACUACGUAUGUUUUUGUCGUGAUUGUAAAAAAAAAAAAAAAACGUUUAAUUUUCCGACAGAGAAAUCAAUACUGUGUACAGACUUCAGUUCAUGGGUGAUAUAGGAUAUGCGUAAAACAUACAUAUCUUCUUUGCGAAUACUGCAUCGUCGACAAUUAUACACCCCAAACGGAAAUCGAUUGAACGAUCUACAUCUUGGGCACGAAAGAAAUAGGCAUUACUCGUAGGCGUUUCCCGUUGCUCGAAACGGAAAGCAAGAUUAGAAAAGGAAUAGAAUAGAUAAAAAAAAAAAAAUUGAAUUAAAUAAUUGGCAUUUGGCAUAUUAUGUAUACUAUACAUUUAUAAGAUGUUCUGCCCGGUGCGCGGCGUUGUCACUACUAAUAUUUAUUUUUUUAUUUUUUUUUUACAUAAUAGUGCCGUUUUCAAAUCCGGGAUAGUCAUCCAAUCGUUAUAUGUGUGUUUUUUUUUUUUUUUUAAUAAUUCGCAGUAUAUCGUGGAGAUGGUUUUAAACUAUUGAAAACAUAGACCAGUCUGACCAGUAGAAGUAAUAGACGAAAAAUUAUCAGACAUUUUCCACUGCUUAGCAACCAUAUAGCUAAUUCAUAUAAGUUUGAAAAUAAAAAUGGAAAAAUUACAUUUUUAAAUCUUUGAGGGCAACGACGGUUAACUGCAGUAAUAGUGACGGAGACUGGCACAAGAAAUCUGAGGGCAAACCGUUUUUAUUGCACUCUAUUUGGCACCGUUAACGUCGGGCGGAACAGCUAGUUUAUAAUAUAACUAAAAUAAAAUAUUAUAAAAUGAAAAUGAAUCAUACGUUAACGAUAUUGUACAAUAAAACUGUUAACAACUAAGUAAACUUCGCACAUAUAACUAGAUUACAAUUUACAGUUGAUUUUUCGGGAACGUUUUUACGUUCACAAUAUCGCCAAUAUCCAUUAAUGUUUUUGUGUAUAAAUUAAUGAACUUCCGAACUCCAGUAACUCGAUGUAAACACUAUAAUGAACUAACCCAAAAUUACUCAUACAUAGAGAGAAAUAUGCAUAAUGUAUAUAUUUAAUAUUUACAUUUUAUUAAUGUAUUCAUAUGCAUACAUAUGCAUACCGUUAAUGGCAACAACUUCAUAUUUUUAGACUAAAUUAAAUGCUACAUCAAAACUACUAUCAUAUAUUGUUAUCCAAAAUAUCGCUUUUAAAACAUUCUGAACUCUACGUAUAAUUUUUGUAAAAGAAAAACUAUAUUUUCCUAAUGUGCCUACGUAAGAUCUACGACGAAAUGGCUUAUGCGACGAGAUAAAAAAUAUACCAAAGGAAGUUUCUGUGGAUGAUGACAUUCAAACCGAGUAUAUAGUGCGGUAGAGAAAUCGAUAGAGAAUGUGGCUAAGUACAGUGAUUUACUUACACUGUCCUCGAGGCGUUACAUUAAUGAUGUGGCUUUUGUCCGUAAAACAAUUUACAGAAUUAUUUAAUCCCUCGAGUGUUAAGCAAAUAAUAAGAGCGUUUAAUUCCAGUUUGAAGUAAUCAAUGAUCACGUCGUUUUUAUCGAAAUUUAGGUCACACAUUAUACGCAUAGAUACCCGCCUAUAUUAUAAUAUAGUUAUUUUAUUUCUAUUUUUUUCCAUUUCUAUACUUCACUUUCAAAGUGUAUUUUGAAUAUUUCGACGGAUACUAGUGUGUUCUUUCUAUUUUUAUUCAACUCAUUUGGAAAUAUAUGAUAACGAUCGUGUACAGAAUACGAGGAGAAAAAAACCGUGCGAGAUAAAAGUUAUGGUUGGCAUACGUCAAAUGAUCCCGAUUGAAAAGUACAAUUACCGGUUUCGAAAGAAAAGUUUGAUAAAAGUAAAACAGUACAAUUAAAAACGAGAACGAAACAAUAAACUAUUGACGAGACGAACACAUUAGGAUAUGGAGAGCGGAGUGAUUCCGACGGUAGAGAAGAGAAUUUCGGAUCGUGGUUGACGAUAAUAAUACGAGUUUUACAACUCCCGGAGUCGCGAGUUGAUGGAUCAUUGUUUGCGGAGUAAUAAUAAUAAAUAAUAUGAUUUAUAGUCGGAUCGUGUUUUCGGGCCGAAUGCGUGUCACGGAAGGUGUAGGUACUUAAAAUUGGGUUACUGUUGAUCCGCGGUAAACAUUUACCCUAGAUACAGGUGCCGUGCGGUUGUCUCGACGUCGCCGUAAAUACCGUACGAGGUAAUUAUGUCAACGCAAAAAUGACGCGCGUGUCCGAAAACUCGAGUGUAAUAACAACGAAAUGAAUACGAUUUCCCCGCGCCUAUCGCGUUUAACGAUAGUUUUCGAACUGUGAACAUGCGAGUACAUAUAACAUUCAAUGAGCCGUUUAAGGCAUUUGAAUUUGUCUACAAAUCGAAUUACCGCUGUUAAACGGCGAUCAAUUCAAAUCGUAUGAUAGAGUAUUCUAGAACAGAAGAUAAGACCGUGAGAUCGUAUAGGUUAUGGAUUACUGCUGCGGCAUAUCGGUUAUUGUGUCAGUAUUGUUUCGUAAUGUUGCACAGUUCCGAUUCAAAAAUAACCGUACAGAGUAACCGCGAGUGAAUAAAUUUAAAAUCGUUACCCCGCUAUCUGUUAUUUUUUUAUUUCGUAAAACCAUACGAUUGUUUGCUCGUUUUCGCGCGGGCGGCGUACAGGCGUACAUAUCACUAUCCGACCCCGGAUUUUCAAAUUUCAAUUUCGGACGGUCAAACUUGAAUUUUGGACUUUGAACAGGAAUAUUGAUUUAUUUUUUAUUAUCAUUGUUAUUGUCAUUAAUUUCUUAAUUCCCUCAGUUACGUCGAUAAAAAACAAAUGGAAAAAAUGUAACAAUUGUCACGGGCAACGCUAUUAUUAGCCGGUUUCUUGUAACUCCGCUGCGCGCGAAUCUCGUGGACCACACGUAAAAUACAAACGUGGUCCGCAAUAGGUAAAAGCCGAAAAUACGGCCAGACAAUAGGAGUAUUCGAUCAAUAUUGUCCACGGAACGUACAUGAAACUACUAAUAUUGUUGCGGUUUUUCUUGAUGUUGUGCGUUACGAUUAAUGUUUCGAACGAACAUGAUAUUUCAACACAGACAUACAAGCGUAGUACAGUAUUUUAUACAUAUACCCACUUGUGUUUUGUAAAAUUACAGUGCAGACGAGAAAUUCGACGGAACUUAUCAAACAAACGUGGUAGUGCGACACAACGGAACGUGUCUAUAUGUACCACCGGGUAUUUUCAAAAGUACGUGUAAAAUCGAUAUCACCUGGUUCCCGUUCGACGACCAAAACUGUGAAAUGAAGUUCGGCAGUUGGACCUACAACGGUUUCCAGGUAACGUGAACAUUUUUCAUUGGAUGUUUUAUAAUUUUUUAAACAAUAUACAUUUUAUAAUAAUUCGGUAAAUGCGUAAAUACUGUCCGUUACGGUUUUAUACAAAUAUAAAUUUAUUUCGAUUUAUAAUUACUUUCAUAUUAUGCGCAAAUACUUGUAGUAUUCCUCAAAAUGUUUCUGGGGGAGGUGGCGGUUCGCAAAAUAUCUUUCUAGGCGGACAAGUCAACAAUGAUGGCCUGUUUUUUUCGUAUACCAACACGUUCGAUUUUUAACGCGGUCCCGAAAACACACAGGCGGAGGAAAAACGUCCGCGAUAGUAUACCCGAAAUUAAUUAUAUAAAUACACGUCAGUGCAACUUCACUAUCGAAAAUCGAUUGCUGUAGAGAAGUGUAUAGAAAUAAAAUGGCCGUCAUAAGGUGGAAUCAACCAAAUUUGAGGAAUUUACCGCGGGAAUUUAAGUUUAUUAUGAAUCAUUAUUUAGUAUUACUGUUCAUAAAAUAAAAUCGUAUUCCCCGAUAUGUAUGCAUUUUUAGAUUUUGAGUGUAGCGAAAAUUAUUUUAUUGGUUUUAUAAAGAUGUUUAAUUUUUCUUUUUCUUUUUUUUUAUGCCAACACUUUUUCUGCCAGUAAAUCCUUUUCUGAAAAGAAAUUUUCUUGGGAUGGUACUUUAAUGAGACCAUUUUUCAAUUUUCUCAGGAGUUUUCUUAUCAUUUGUGAAAAAUCGAAAAAAUACGGAGGAAAAACGGGAAAAUGUACGCAACAUAUUAGUAAAAUAUUACAUUUUUUUUUUUUUUUUUGUAAAUAACUUUUCUAUCGGCAAUUUUGCUCAGAUUUACAAUGAUAACACGUUUUCUGAAAGAAAAUCCGACUGGAAAGGUGCUUCGGGGCGGUCAUUUUUCGAUUUUCCCAAGAGUUUUUCCGGCAAAUCAGGAAGCCGGGAAAAACACGGGAAAACCGGGAAAAACGUAGGAAAAAUGGGAAAAUAGGUAAAAUAUUGAAAAAUUACAGAAAAUAUAUAAUACCUAUUUAAUUAUUUUGCCGUAAAAUGACAUAAAUUUAUCGUUGACCAAGCAUCACUAUCAACUGAACUCCGAUCAGAAUCGUUUUUUCGUUCGCAAUGGUUUAUCGUUGCUUAAAGAUAUACAUUGAAUUCCCUUCUGUAUCCUACCGUCCUAACUUUCCACCAACAGUGGCUGCAACCACGUACGAAAUAUGUCCGUCUUUUUUUUAUAUAUAUAUAUAUAUUGGAAAUCUCAGCAGCCGGAUGUAUAAUUAAUUAUGCUAUUGCUGUUAUUUUACACACCUAUAUUAUAAUAUAGAUAUUUAAUUUAUUGUAGUUUGAUAAAUAAUUGUUUUGUGGACGACGGAUAAGACUAAUGAUUAACAUUUAUACAAAAUCAACGGUUUAAAAAAUAUUAUGAUAUCACGAUAAUUGUUCUCUUUUCGUGUUUAUAAUUAAUGAUAACUGUGGGCAGUUCGCGAAAACCGUUCCGAUUGAUUCCGCCUUAUACGACGGCCAUUUUGUUUCUAUACCAUUAUCUGAAAUCGAUUUUCGAUAGUGACGUUGCACUGCCGCGUAUUAUCAUUGCCCCGGUAUACCUAUUAUAUUAUAAUAUCGUUAUGUACAGGUAUUAAAUUAAAAUAGUCUCUACGGCACGUUACGCUAUCGUAUGUUUGCGUUGCAUAAUAAUACGUUUAUGGGUACCUAUAGUCAAAGUGGAUAAUAUUAUUUUCAAUUGAGCAUGUAUAUCAAAAAAAAAAAAAAUAAUAAUAAUAAUAAUAAUAAUAAAAAAUAGGAUUAACGUCUGAAAAAUGUAUUUCGAAAUAUAAAACAAAAUUGUUUAUAUUAAUUAAAAAGUGCCUUCUGAGCUUUUAUACGGGAAAAGGGUCAUUAUAACUUGUUAAAACUUAUCAUUAUUAUUAUAUAUAUAUAUAUAUAUGUAUAUAUUUUUUUCUUUUAUAUUAUCAAUGAAUUUGCAUUUUUAUUAUACUUUCGUGUUUCAUACAUAUAUAUCAGGGUGUAUCAUUUUUUUUUUUUUUUUUUUACGCGUACAUUUAAUGUACCUUUUUAUAAUUAUUAUAAUUAUUAGGUACCUACGUUAUAAAAACUGUUUAAAAUAAAAAAAAUUGUAUUAAAAUGUAAUGAAUAGAUUGUAAUCUCGCCGACUCACUAAGAUUACGUAUGCGUUUUACAAGGUAAAUUAAUAUUUUAUAACAUUACAAUAUUAUAUUAUAAUCAUUCUCGUUUUUUUUUUUUUUUUUUAUUAGGGAACUUAACGGUACAAUAAUAAUAUAUCGUACAUUAUAUUAUUGUUCUCAUAUUCACUGAAAACGAUUACGUUUUAGUUUUGUACAAAUAAAAAAUUAUAUUUUACGAUUUUUUUUUUUGGUAUUUCAAUUGAAAAUUUAGAUUACAUUUUAAGAUUCCGAGUGUGGUGAAAAAGUUCUUAAUUUUACUUAGAUGGGUUUUUUCUCCCUCAAAAAACACUUUUUCGUUUUUUCGUUUAUUAAAAAUGGUUCUUAAAUCUUAAAUGAUGCGGAUUUGUCGCCCGGCCGUAUUUUAUUUGAAACGUUUUUCUAGUUGCUAAAUAGUUUUUCUUAAAAACUGUAUAAGAAACCGUCGAUAAAUAACGAGAUAUUGAUUUUAUUUUUGUUGAUUUCUGAUGGUCACCUCGGCUAUAAAGGGGAAAAAACAUCAAUAAAUAAACUCUGCACCAGUUUACCGAGCGCGGUUCAGAAUCGUUUUUUUUUUUUUUUAAUAAAUUGUGAUGAUUUGUUGUUGCUUUGAGUAUACAAACUGAAACAGGUACCGAAUUAUCCUACUGCAUCGCAUUAUGUUAAAUAUAUUUUUCAAUUUUGAACUCUCCCCGUAUUAAACUUAAAAAUUUGAGUUUUAAAUGUAAAUGAAUUCAAGUAAUAGAUAUAGAUAGAUUUUUACAGUACCCAAUUAAUCAGAUAAUAAAAUUUCCAAGUGUGCGUAUAAACAUUUCGAAAAAAAAAAAAGCAAUUAAUAUCACACCAAACAACUGGGUUAAUGAUUUUUAUAUUUUUCGGUUGAAUGGAUACGGAAAAAAAAAAUAAUAAUAAUUAUAGGUACCCAUAAAUAUCGGUGUAAAGGUACAAACGGUGGAAUACAUUUUAUGAUCAGGACAUUUGAGCCCGAAAAGCGGUCAAAUGUGCACUGGGGUUUCUACGGCGAAACAGCAAUUGAAUUAUCUACGAUUAUUUUGCAAACGCUUAGUUUUAGUAGAAUCGUUUAAUAUCCUAUACAAUAUAAAAGUUUGAUUCGAAUACUUUAUAAUAUUCAGAUUUCACAAAAUAAAAUUGCUCUAUAAUUCUCUGAUAAACAUGAAUGCCUGACAUUAUAUUAUAACGUCGGGCGUUUAUAAGUUUAUGAGUUUAAAGUUUACAUGCAAUUAAAAAUUUAGAAGACGAAAAUUCGCAAUCUCAAGACAAAAAAAUACGGACGUUAUUGCUUCUCGCAUUUAAUUAAGUAACGAUACAAAUUAAAAUAAACAAAAACCAAAAUCUGACGGAUGCGAAGGGUUGAGUCACUUCUGUAGGUGGGAAGGUAGGAUGUAUAGGGUAAUUUAAUGUAUAUCCGUACGAAACGAUUAAUUAGGCGUUGCCAACGAAAAUCGAUUCUGAAUUGCCAUGCCCUGAUUUGGAAUAACUGAAAUUGUAAACUACUCGUAGGACCAAAAGUGUUUACACGGACCGGACAAAAACACUGAACAGCGUUUCGAGUAUAAAAUCGUGACGUUCACUUAUUCGAUAAGAAUCUAGAAAAAUAAAUAAGGCGGGGCAAAAAAAACCCCAUUCAAUGGCUAAACAAUUGAUUUCGUAUUUUUUUUUUUUAUCUAAUAUAUUGCUAAUAUGAUUUCGAUUAAACCGCCGAAUCGAAACAAGCUGAAAAACACCAUACCAAAUGACGUUAAUUUAUGUUUAUUAUACAAAAAUAAUAGCCUACUUUUAAACGUUUAAUUAAUACUGUAUUUUUAUUCAGCGUCGUUUUUUUUUUUAAAUUAAGAUUAUUUCAUUUUUAAUUUUUGCGCAGCUUAAUGAUAAUCAUAAUAUAAUUAAAAUCGAAACUGUAUAGUCUCGAGGAAAUCCGCUCUGUGAAUAUUAUUUCGUUUUUCUGAAACAAACGGAAACGUCAUUUUUCGUUAGGUAUUAGUAUACCACUGAUACUCACGAUGUUCGACGUGACAUCAAUACAGUGACAAUUUCAGUGAUUUAUACCUUACCUAAACAGAAUAGAUUAGAUAAAACGAGCAUAAGGCGUGCGCCGCUGUAAUCUUACUUGUAUCUGAUGAUUCUGAUGUCGGGUGACGCGGUACUUGAUGGACUCGAAUAUGAUUGCACAUUAUUCUUUGUUAUCGAGUUUGACGGAAUUUUUUUUUGAAUUCACCUUUUCGAAAACGUAUUAUACGGAGCGAUCCGUUUAUCACGAAGCAACAAUUAUGUCUAUACACGAUGAUUUUGAGCGAAAUUCGAUUCCCCCUCCCCCUCCCAGAUAUUAUAAUAUUACAGAACCGUUUGAUGAUCUAAUAUGUAUUUAAAUUUUCAGUCCUUUUUUUUUUUAGACAUUUUACCUUAUAAUAUUGUACAUACACAUAUAUUCUAGAAACAUUAAACACAUACAUUUCUUUUUUUUGAUUUUCAAAUUUUGGAUGGCAUUCAGUAAAAACUAACUAAGGGUUAUAUUUGAAAAUGUAAACUUUUAAAAAAAUAAAAGUCCCACAUACUUGGCCACUAUUCAAAUGAGAAGUUAAGAAAAUAGAACAAACUAGUUCACUUGUGUGUACACAAAAAUAAAUAAUCGACAACGAAAUACGAUCCUGGGCGAAGUUUGUUUAAAUAAGUUUUAAUACAUUUAAAUUGGAAACAUUGGCUAGUUACCUACAGUAUAAAUUAGUAUUGUUCGUGUAAAUUUGAAAUCAAUACGCUUACAAAAAUAAAUUACAAAAAAAAUAAUAUUUUUAUUGACAUAAAACAAAACAAAAAUACAACUUUUUAAAUACCUAUAAAUAAUCACCUGGUAUAGGUAUACAGGGUGAUUUAUCGUUUAUUUGUAAGGUUAUGGUGGGUCAAAAAAACCUUUUUUUUUUUCUCGAGCGUAUCUUUAUAUGAUAUAUUAUGGUUUGUAUGGGUGUAACAAUACGCUCGAAUCUUAUUUCACCUAAAAAAAAAUGCCUAAUUUGAGCAGUAAUUUUAGGUGAAUAAUGCAAUUUGUGUGCAUUUUAUUUAUUUUUACAAUUCAAAUAAUAGCUGAAUCACAAUACGACAUGAAGGUAAAUAAUCAUCAAAAUGUAAUAAAGAACAAUUAAUAAGAUCCCAAUUUCAUACGGAGAAAAUCAAUAUUGACAAAUUUAUUAGCCGGAAAACGUACGAAAUUAAAAAUUGUUGAUAAAUCGUCAACUUGAAAUAUUGUUCUUGGACAAAUUUUUGUGUACGCAAUCUUUCGCGUUUUGCGGCCAACAGCUUUGUCAAUAUUGAUUUUCUUCUCAUCGACUAUAUGACCUUGUUUGUCCCUCGUUACGUUCUGACGAUUUAUCUUCGUAGAAUUUUUUGUUCGGCAAUCAUUUUAAACGUAAAAACAUACUUCCAAUUUUCGUUAUUCGCCCAAAAUCGCUGCUCACAAACUGGAAAUGUUUUAUUAUUGUUUUUUUUUUUUUUCGUCCGCCGUAGUAUUAUACCCAGUGGCACCGAACACUACGUUAAGGUCAGGCCCGACUCUUUUUUGAAAACGUUGCAUAGGCCCGCUUCAUUUUGGGGGAAAAUUUCGGUUGCCGCACCGAAUGAAUUCACUUCAUCAAAACAGAAAUAAAAACCAGUUAUUUGGGAACCACUCGAAAUGCACGUCGCCCGAUUACAUUUUUAAAGACUUUGGCGCCACUAAUUGCACAUUAUAAUAAUCGUUACACUAUUAUAAUUACAAUCGUUGUUAUCGUUAUUAUAUUCGUCCACUGUCGGCGUGUAAUAUACGCAGUGCGAACGGACCGUAUAUAUAUAUAAUAGAUUAAUAACUUCAAUAGCGGUUUGUCAACCGCACAUUUUCUUAGCGUGCGUCUGUUUUAGAAAAGUAAUAAUUGUGGCUUAUAAUACGUCAGAAUAAUAAAUGACAAGAAUGAUUAUGACACCCGCGUCGUUAAAUUGUAUUUAGUCGUCGUCGCCGAAUUUCAGUCAAAGCUCAACGGCUAAUAAGCCGGGGAUAUUAGCGACGUCGCUGUCGCGUCGACUGCGACUGUCCCUGAUACUUUAUGAUUUAUUAACAAUAAGAGUUUUUUUUUUUUUUUUUUUUUUGUUCUUAAUACGAAAACUACGGAUUUACGGAUUUUUACUGUAUUUAUUUUUUCUUUCUACCUGUACGUAUACAAUUAUGACGACUAAUUAAUAUUGGCGUUUUGUUAUUUGCUUUUUCAGUUGGAUUUAGUGCUCAAAUCGGACGGCGGAGAUCUAUCGGACUUCACGACCAACGGUGAAUGGUAUCUUUUAGGUAAAUAUCCGUCGAUUUAAUCAUUUCGAUAUUAACAUUGAUUGUACAAUAUAAUAAUUAUCAAUGAUAUUAUUAGGCGACUGAUUCCGGGGGGCUUCGCUUCGAGUGGGUCAGAUUUCGAAGCUGGUAAAAAAAGUCAGGUGCAAAGUCAAGUAUAACGCGUAAUACGAAAUUACGGUAUUAUCAGGGAUACGCACGAAUUCUUCCGGGGUAAUAAGAAAAAAAAAUAAAACCACCGACAAAUCGGCCAAAAACUAUAACAACUUCGAAACAUUAAAAAUCUCGUCCAAACUAAAAUAUUCCGAGGUAGUUAAUGUCCUAAAUGUAAUCCUAAAACUUAAAACCAUGUAAAUAAUGGUAAGUGUAAAUGGCAAAAGCUAUGUCGGGUAGGGUAAAUUAUAAGCAUAAAAGUCAAUAAUUUUAUCUAUAUCGUGGUCCAAAUGGUCAUUCAUUCAAUCAGUUGAUUCAUUGACAUUAAAUUCUUACCGAUAGUAAAUUCAAAUUGUCAAUCUUCCUAAAACUAUCGAUAUACGACGUAAUUUGUAUAAAAAAUCAAUACCCAGAUAUGCAUUGGGCCCUUUUUGUUGAUUUUUAAUCUUUGAAGACAACACGCUGUUGCUAAUAUCAAGAUAGAUGACCACUACGCGAAUCUAUAACAAAGUAUAAUCGUCAUCGUCGUCCAAUGUUACCGAAUCAAUAGUAAUCGUAAUAGACGCUAUUUUUUUUUUUUGAAAAAUGACUGAACGUUGAUUUGUAAUACUAAACUCUAUCUAAAUUACUGAUUUCGUUUCAAAUAAUAAUCUUCAAUUUGGUUUAAUAUUUCAGUAUUCAAUGUGGUCCGAAGUGUAAACUAAUAAUUACAAGGCGCAACAGGCAGCAAAAAUACACGCAUGCUGUUCGUGUUAUUAUUUUUAUUACAAUUUUCUCUCGCUGGAAUUCGUUUAAAUUCGUUUGAUUCUAUUUCACACUCUACGAGAGAAAAAAGAAUAAAUCAAUAUAAAGAUGUUAAAGUGAUGAACGCGGUAAUACAUUUAUUUUCACGGCUUUACGUGACCUUAUAAAAACGAUGAAAAUCAUAUGGAAUAUUAAGAAAAUCGAAAUUAUACGUUUGCCGUAGAAUUUUCGUUAAACGGAAACACGACAAUCCAUCAUUUCUCUCUCGAGUUUGGUUGAAAAAGGUUAAAAUAUGAUAUUAAAAAUAUCCAAGAGCGAGUAUACGUUUAACAUCUCAAAACGGUAUUUUAUAAUUCGUAUUAUCCAUAAACGUUAAAAUACAAUUAAUGAACGGAAUUAUAUGCACUUAAAAUCCGCGGAAAAAUAUUUAAAUAAGCAAAAUUUGGUAGAGGGGUUUUAAACUCUAUCUUUGAUAGUUCUAACCCUAUUGAAUAGAAUUUUCUAACACAAAGUAUUAUUAUUUUUUUUAUUUUUUUUCUUAACACGUACAAAUUCAUUUGAAAGAAAUUACUUUGUGAUAAUCAUUUUCGCAAUGUUAAAAAAUAAUUUUUAAGUUAGUACCAUUAGAGGGGAGACUUUUAAACCCCUCUUAUUGCUAUAAUAAAUAUUAUUUUUCGGGCUUUUUUUAGCGCUUUUUGUGGAUUUUAAGUGCAUGUAAAUCCGUUCCUAAUUAUAAUACACGAAGGAAUAACAGAAAAACAAUCUUUUUGGAUAUUUAAAUAUUAUUCUCGAUGAAUAGUAUCAUGUAAGUAGUGAGCGUAUAGUAGUGUACAUACUGACGGGCCUUAUUACUAACGGGCAGUAGGAACCGAAUUGGACAGUAGAAAAUAUCAAAAGUGCAGUAAGCUCCGUGAAUGUGGGUAUAUUUCAGAAAAUAUAAUUUUCCUUAUCGUCGAGAGAUUGACUAUACUCGGAAUUGCGUAAUUUAUAAACCUUUCUUGUACUUAAAGCUGGUUACACACCACGCAAUUCGUGCGUCGCAUUUUUCUGGAAUUAAUUCAUUAUUUCAUUGCCGUAUUGUUUUUUUUUUUCAAUUUCAUUUUCUUCGUAAGAUUUUUUUUUUUUUUUUGAGGGAGGGGGGGCGUAAGUCCUGAAGGCAACGUGAAUUUCAUAAAAAAAAAAACUUGUCGGUGUAUUUUGGGCAGUAGAUAAAAAUCCUUAGAAUAAGCCCUGCAUAUACUAACGAAAAUAACAACAAGUGCUAUCGCAUUAUAAUAUCACACUGUACAGAUGAUUAGUGCCGGCAAUUAUUUAUACAAAGAUUUCGAUUAUAUUUACCGAUGAUAUUUUCAAAAUUCAACCCUUACUCCAUACACCAUAAACGUACAAGUAUAACAAUCGACUUGCGAUUUUCAAACAGACGCAGCCUCAGAUUCGAAAUGAAAAUAAUGAUAAUAAUCCAUUUAUCGUGAACCGUUGCGGCGAUUAUUAUUCAUACUAUUAUCUUUUUUUUUGAGACGAUUAACUAAUAAUGCUUCUCUACUCCUCCGGUCUAGAAUUUAAACUGUUAUCGCUUAAAAACGGUAAAUCCGAUAUUGGAUAGUAUUAUUUGAGAUAGACAUUUUUUUUUUUAUAAAAUAUUCUCUAUUGAAUCUGCGUUGAAAAAGAGAUUGUCCUGCUAGAAAAUCAAAAGUCUAUAUUCGUACAAGGUAUAAGGCAAAGGUCUCCAAUCUCUUCUAACUAGUGAGCAAUAUUCGAACAUACAGUCGAACUAUGUCAUUUGACAUUUGUGAUUUUUUGCAAGUUUUGAGAAUUCUGGCAUAUAAUUAGAAACAGCUGCUCGUAAACUUAUAUCCAAAUUUUUUUUUUUUGUCAUUUUUGACCGAUAUUUGUUCUUCAAUUAUUUCAUACUCGAAAAUGUUGACUCACAUAGCUAAGUUGAACCGAAAAAUUAAGUUAUACGAGCAAUGUCUAUGUCCCGUAGAUUUGGGUAUGUUAAAGUACUUGCAUGCUUCGACAAUUUCGAGGUAUCAUAAGUGCUGAAGAUAACAAAAAUAAUAUUUUAUCACCCGGUUAUUUACAACGCGAUCGACCAGUAAUGGAAAUAUUAAUUUUUAUUACGAUCGACAUAAUAUGAUAUUCCUGGAAAGAUCGACCGGUUGAUCGCGAUCGACUGGUUGCCGACCACUGGACUAUAAGGUGUGAGGUGUGACAAAUUGAAAAUAGUGUUAAACGUUACGGAAUCGUUUAAGCUACGAUUUCAAAAACGAUUGGAAAUAAAAAAAACAAUUAAAAAAAAACCCAGAAAUCGAAUUCGUUUAAUGAAAACUGCUGAUUUGUGAUACGUUGAUCUACAUACAUAUAUCUAUGACUCCGACGUAGAGUUUAAUGACAUUUUAAAUGGAAAAUAUGAAGAAAUGAAAAAUUUCACUGCUAUUAUUUUAACGCGCCAUCGGUGUAUUAUGAGAUUUGUACUCAAAUCGAUAAAAUGAUACGAAUUUACAUCACGGCAUUCGGUGUACAUAUCAAUUAAUUACAUUAAAAAAAAAACCCCCCAUAAAACCCCUUUUUUUGCCACGCGUUUUACGUAAACGGCGCAAAUACGUUAUUCAUAUUAAUAUAUAUUUUCACGUAAAUUAUUACUAUUACCUAUUAUUUUUAAUUUUUUUUUUUUUUUUUUUUUGUUCAAUUCGUUCAAUUGUUUCGAGACAUUUUUCCGGUGAAGUUCGUCAAAAAAUCAAUAUAAUAAUACUAUUAUUUUUAACAGACGUACAGAAAACACGAGCGAACUGCUGACCCGUGUAAAACCUAAACGUCCCAAAAGCUUAUAAUAUACUGGACUCUCGGUGUGCGUCUAAAUUUCGUUUAGUUAAUAUGUUCGGUACUUAUCUUUUGUGUACACUCCGCUGAACUUUUAUUAUUUAUGAAUAAUGGCCUUACGCAAAAACUAUCGAGUCUUAUAUGCGAUUAUAAAGAUGAUGAUGAUGAUCGACUUUAAUAAUAUAUAAUAUUUACUCAUCUCUGAAAGGAUUAUAAUAUUAUUAUACUUCAUUACCGUUUAUUCCGUUAUUAAAAAAGUUUUACUUUUAUGCCUACUUCCGUUACUAUAAUACGAUAAUUUUUCAAUUUUUUUUUCAAGUCUGCUCCCAAUAAUUUAUUACAUUACAAACAUCGUGAUAGAUAAUCGCCUAUUUUUUAUUUUAAAAUAUUUCACUCGUAUCAUUUAAUGUGUCAUGCUUACGUUUUUGUCCGCACAUUUUUCGAGCUUUUUCUUUUUUGACAAUUUCAUUUUGCAGUGAAAACAGUUUUACUUUAUUUUAAUUUUAUUGAGAAAUUCAUAAUAUUAUCUGAUAAUAUAAUAGAAAGCAUAUAACUGAGUAAUAAAUAUCUUAGCAUAUUCUAGACGUGGUGUUAUUUUCAAUUUUUUUUUUCUGUUUUUUACAUGGGCGACAAUAAUGUUGUGAUUUAUUUUUAUCGGCAUUUUAUGUUAAAAUUCGUUAAAAACACAAACGAUUAUUGUAAUUUAGUCGGUAGUUACAAAAUAAUAUAUUCAUUUUUCAAUUUGAAAUUUUUCAUUGCGUGUUGAAUUAAAUUCGCAUCAGAGCCAUUUUUCGAUUUCACCGAUUUGUCGGAUAUAAAUUAAAUGACAACCCUGUGCUUAUCUUUCAUUCCAAAUUUACGAUAGCGAAUUACCAACGCCGACUUUCUUAAACGCGUUUUAUUAUUAUAAUUUGGCGAAAUAAUUGUGGAUAUUUCUUUAAGAUUACGUAGUUUCCCGUGCCCUUUUUUAUCAGUCCGCGCCUAGGCAUACCGUCAAUACUGUGAACGUGCUGCCAACUUCAAUCGGUGAAUUGUUGGCAAAUUUAUGUCGGUAAUUUUGCUUUUAUAGGUUUACUGGUUUAUUUAAAUUAAAAUUAGGUAAAAUCAAACAAAAUGCAUUCUCUUAACAGUAUAAUCCGAUUACAAUAUAUAGUGCGUCCCACCAAAUGUAAUGUUAACAGCGCUAGAAAAAUCCGUCGAACGUGGUGGGACACAGUGUAUUUGUCUUAAUAUACCAAACAUCUCGGAUUAAUUAGUCAAACACUUUGGCUGCGUGUGUUUAUAGGCCUAAUUAGAAUGUUAACCUAAUCAUAAUAAUGUCGUAUUUCCAGUUUAACCGAGGAUUAACAUUAGCCGAAACUUGAAUAUUCUCUUAACUGACGGCUGAUGAAAUGAACAUAAAUAAAAAAAUCUAUAACAAUAUUCAGUCAAAAGUCACGUGUCCGUUAUGUUAUUAAUAACAUAAAAGAUAAUAUUAUACAUUUAUUUUUUAAAUGCAUUUGAUUACUACUCAUCAAUCUGAUUUAACAAGUAUUUGUUUUCUCGUCUUAAGAGUUUCCGUAAUUUCGUUUUGAGAUUAUCGAUAAAAUGAUAAAAUAUAAUUAUGAGCACGCCCAUACCUAAAUACUCGUUAUAGUGAGUUCAUAUUGACUCUUCUAACUUACGAGUUAUGAAAAACCGAAUUUUUUUUUUGAAAUAUGUUUUUGAUCGGGUUAUUGAAAACGCUCAUAUCUAUUGAUUUUAUAUUUCAAAAGUUUUGCAAUUUGCGAAGUGGUACGCUGCGGUAGAGCAUCAUAACUGUCCUCGUAUUAUAAAUCCAGUAGAACAAGUAUAGUUAACAAACUUACAUAUAUUUUCUAGUUUGACAAGAAACAUAAUUUAUUACAAAUAAAUUAAGUAGAUUAUUCUCGUAUAUAAUAAUAUAAUAGUACGUUCGUAGGUAGACACAGUAUCAGUUUUGUUUUUCCCCAAUUCAUUUUCUUUUAGGUUCUGCAGACUAUAAUCAAUUUACAUCUGUUGAAUAAAUUUUAAUAAAUUUUAACUAGUGGUGAGCAUCGACAGGAGUCGAUAUUGAAUAUCGGCCUUUUUUUUUUAAACCUAUAUCAGACCCGAUAAAUUUUGAAAAAAAAAAACAGUUUAAUAAACACGUCACUCACAAAAGUACUUUUGAUGCAUAAUUUAAAAUAUGAUAUCGGUAAAAAAUCGGAUAUCCGAUAAUUUGAAUGUCGGCUUUGGUUUCAAAUAAAUAUCGGAUCGGCUAUCGCAUGUAUAUGGAAAAUAAAUCGGUUUAUCUGAUAUCAGAAAAGAUUCAUAUCGGCUCACUUCUAAUUUAAACCAGUGGCAUGCAUGAAAAGAAAUUAUGGGUUAUAUUUUUUAGCUUCCAGUUUUAAAUUCUCAUAGUCCAAUUGAGUCGGGAAGAUGAUCCUACGGUUUAUUCGUGAUUACUAUUUGCUAUGCACUGCCUUCAAUCGAAAAUUCCCGGUUACGCCGCCGAUAUCAUCCAGCAUGCCAUUGACAAUUCAAAUUAUUUUCACUAAGGACAAAUUUACCACUAGUCGAUUCACAACUAAAAAUUUAUUAGGGACCGGAGAUUAAUAAUUUUGAUAAACCGUUGCAUUCCGUCAUAGUAUAAUAAAGUAUAGUAUACUACUAUACUACAAUGAACUACAUUACAAUAAUUUUAAAUUUGUACAUAAAUAUAAUAAACCAAAACUUCAAUUAAUUAUACUUGUACAGUGUGCCCCACUGAUUUUUCUAGCGCUGUAAAUAUUAAAUUUGUGUCGAUUCUUCUUUUUUUUUUUUAAUCGGUUUGUCUUCGAGAGGGACAUCGAUUUGGAGAAAAAUUUAAUUUUCAUUUUCAUCCCCUAGACACACACACAAAAAAAUAAAUAGCUUUCCAUUUAUUAAUUUUAAAAUAUGUUCAAAAUAGUCAUUUUGUAAAAAACUGUGUUCAAAAAAUGUUUACUCAUCACACAUAUUCAAAUCCGAUGAAUAAUUUCUUAGUUAAAGGCGUUUUAAUUUCUAGAAAUAGUCGUGAAAACAAUUAAUAUCGAAUAUAUAAGAAUGAUAUAAGAACCGAGAAAAAUUUGAUAUUAACAGCGCUAGAAAAAUCCGUCUAACACGGUGGGACACGCUGUAUGUAGACAAAUCAAUAACUUUAUAAAGUAGAAAUAUUGCAUACGUGUCAAUAUAAUCGCUAUUCGGUUUAUUCGUAUCAAGCAACUAAAUUGUAUAGUUACAAAAAUAUAUCGUUUGCAUAGUUUAUGAUGUAUUUAAAGUGUUUAAAAGAAAAAUUAAAAUCUAUAUUACUAAUCGGUGUUGUAAAAGAUUUAAUUGUCUAUUUUCAAUUGUUGCAAUAUAAUUUUGCAAAUUAGCGAACUAUAUAUAUGUAACCGAAAAACAUCAACGUCUUAUCCAAAUCGCAAAUAAACCGCAAUAGUUUACAAAUUAUUGGCGAAACAGUAACUCGGCGAGACCGGGGGUGCUUGUUUGAAGCCUGGGUACGCUAAGCACCCCUUAGCGCUCCCCCCCCGCCCGUGUGCGCCUACGGUACCCGGAACGCGAUCGCGUAUACUGACUCGAGGGGGUCGCGCGAGGUUUUUCGUAGGCAUUUGAUAUCGCGUCGUCCAGCGGUCACGGCGUGACGCCAUACAUUUCAAAAAGGCGGGAAACGUAUAAUGAUGUAUCGUCCGGGCGUUUUGCCGUGUUAUUGUUGCAGGUAUGCCGGGCAAAAAGAACCAGAUCAUGUACGCGUGUUGUCCGGAACCGUACGUGGACAUCACGUUUACUAUACGGAUUAGACGGAGGACGUUGUAUUACUUCUUCAACCUGAUCGUGCCGUGCGUGCUCAUCUCGUCCAUGGCCCUCCUGGGCUUUACGCUGCCCCCGGACUGCGGCGAAAAGCUCACGCUCGGUAAGGAACAUCGGGACAGUACCGGGGAAAAAAAAAAAAAAAAAAAAAAACACGGACAAUUCGAGAGAGAGAGAGAGAGAGAGAGAGAGUGAGAGAAAGAGAGAGAAAGACGGAGAGAUACAGAAGAGCCCGAAGCCGCGUAACGUAGGGUGACGAAACGCGGCGAUAUUAUCGUUGUCGCGACGGCGUUACGGAAACUCACGUUUGAAAAGUGCCGAUAGAACGAGGCCGAGCGAACGGCGGUAUACGCUGCGGCGGCGAAAAACGGCGCGGUGGGAAAGGGCGGAAGGGCGAGGGAAUUCCGGAAGAGGAUCUCGGGGGGGCCUAAUGCACGACCGCGAACCGGUGCAGAAGUUGAUGCGGGAACGGGUGUACGCGCGUGCGAAGAAACCCUACGGCGGGCGGUACCGGGGGCGGGUAACGGGCUCGUGUUUAUUCCCGCGAUAAUUAUUAUCCCCGACACCGGGGUAGUGUUGUACUUUUGACGGACAUUGGACGGGCCGCCGCGGCCGCCGUUACCGUGCGCGCCGCCGUAAUAAUAUUGUUCCCGGCACAUUCGCCGGCCGUACGUUUCGGUAAUAUAUUUGUUUAGGACUCCGCCGUCAGUCCUUUGCGUUCGCCUUUGCGACCGCCCGCUGCCGCGGUCGCGCAUCGAUCCGUCGGUAGUCGGUGCACUUACGUUCCCGUCGAACCGCCGUCGAUGCCGCCCGCGAAAUAUCGCGAUCGCCCGGAGCCGAUAUUAUUAUUAUUAUUAUGACAUUAGGGCUGUGAAUUUAAAACGGUAAAAACCUUUUGAAAAAAUCAGCUGAAAAGAGUCGCGAGUAUCUCGGAUUUCCCUCCCGCCCGAAAAAAAGAACAGUUCGAAGUGCGCUUGAAACUCCGAAAAAUCGCAUUAAGACUAAAACGUACAGAAUUAAAAAAAAAAAAAAAGAAUUACUAAAAUCCAAUUAAAUUCGUAAUUUUGAAAAUUUAACAGAAAAAUGUUAUAUUAUCGGUUUAGUAAAGUUGCGACAUUUCUUCAGCGCGUAUCGGUAAAUCUAUACAUUUUCUAAUCACUGAGUUUUUUUAAGCAAUUUAUCAACGCCGAAAAUGAAUUGUGCCAUAAACGUGAUGAAAUCGAUCUUUUCCAAAGUUUUUUAACUUUGUAAAAUUCCUACACGCCGUUUAUUUAUACUGUUCAUAACAUUAUAUUGGUACCCACACGCGGUCUUUAGAAAUAUUUACAAAUGAAAUGUUUUCUAGUGCUUUGUAAGUCUUAGAAAAUACGUAUACCAUAUUAUACUUAUGCUUUUGAUCAUACACAAGAGCACCCGCAGAAAUACGAACCCGGCGGGGGGGAGCCAAAGUUAAAAGUAUAAGACUGUUUUUUACAACUUAAAACUUACAAGUAACCAUGGCUUAAAUAUUUAAGCCAUGCAAGCAAUAAAACAAUUAAUAUUUAAUAUCAACUAAACUAGCGGGGGGUACAUGGCACCACCGGCACCCCUCCGCGAGCGCCCUUUAUCAUAUAGUCAAACAUACAAAAUACACAGAUAGCCCGUGCAAUGAUAAUACUCGGCGAUCGUCCACAUCCCUUGCACAUCUAUACGACGCUCAUUACCACCCCGGCAUCUUAACUACUCUAGCGUUCCAUAGCGGCGACGCCUACGGGUGGUCACCAAAUUAUAUUCUAUUUAAUGGACUUUCUGUGUAUUAUACAAACGUGCCAAUAACAAACACAUUUAUUUUGAAAAAAAAAAUCAUGUCUAAGUCAUUCAAAUACAACGUAAAAACAAAUAUCCCGAAUUGUCGAGGGUCGAAAUGACCGGGAGUCCAUUUGACUCGAGAUCCCGCCUAAAUGGCACUAUAGAUCCGUCUAACGUUGAGUUGAAUAAAACGAAAUUAAAUUUCUACGAAUUCACAGCCCUAAUUAAUAAUGAUUGUAUAAUAAAUUUAAUUUUGAUAACCGUCGACCGCGACGAUGUGAUCUACCAGAAAAUGUCCCUUUAAACCAGUGCGAUAAAUCCAAUGAUCCAUCAAUUCAAUUGAUAAAUCAUCGUAUUAAAUAUUUUGCUGACUUUUACACAUUGCGCGUAAAACGUUUUUUUUUUUUUAAACCUCAUUACCUACCCAGUUAAAAAGUCAUCGCAUAGGUGUUUUUUUUUUUUUGAUGAGUUUCACGAUGAAAAUCGCCAUUCUCCAAACCGUUUUCUUGUACAGGAAUAAUUUCAAGUUCUUAUUUAUUGUGCAGAUACGCAAAUAUCGUACCACAUAUUAUAGUGUUCAUUUUAUAAACUCUUUACAUGAUAUAAUAAUACCUACCUUGUAUAUGUAGAGAUAUAAGUUCGUGAAAUUUCAAAAGAGCGUAUGCCUCGAGAGAUCAUACGAUUUUUAAAUAAUGCUUGGGUAUUGUUAUUGAUUAUAGACCUCUCUCUGUCAUUUCUCAUAUUUUGAAAUUAUCCGAGACCAUAAUUAUUUCUAGAAACUUGAACUAUUAUUAAUUCUAUCCUAAUGAAGGAACAACGAAGAGUCCGGCAGCACAUUACAAACAUUUCGCACGCAAAAUAAAACCGGAUAGCUUGUUUUUUAUCAUCCGGUACACAUGUAUGUUGUUGAACAGUAACUGUUUCAACUGUUGAUCUUAUCGGCAGAAUCCUUCCUAUGAUGUCUCAGUGAUGGGUUACCGCAUUAACCAUUCGAUUAAUAAACUCCGAUUCGAAAACCAUCGUCCGCACCGGAAUUAGGUUUGGACAAACGGGUAUACCUAUUAGAUAUACCUACUAGGUUAGGUUUUCGGACCGAACGAGGAUAAUCCGCUUCUUUCUUUGAUACGUGCAUAUCGGGUGUAUCAAAACGGGCGUCGGGUUUUAUUCUGUGCGCAGAAUGGUAAUAUGCGUUCCGGACAGGUCGAUUGACUGUACGACUCGUAACGCAGUUUCUUGUAAUUACGUCUAUGAAGCGUUUAGCGUUCAGUCUCGAGUAAAUGUUAUUUACGGGGAUUUUUCCAAAGCUUUUGGCCGCAUUAAUCACCUUGCUCUCGCGGCGGAAAAUUCUAUAAUGUUCAAAUUACGUUAGUCAUGUUCGAGUGUCUACCGCAUGUCUGUACACUAAUCCUCGUGUUCUUCGAGUUGGACAUAUUCGCAAACCGUAGGCGUGCCAACAAUCUCGGCUUUUUAGCCAAACUAUUACGCGGGCAAAUAACCAAUUCACCCAACUUUCGACAACGGGGGUUGUCAAAUAACAAAAAAAUGUUAGAUUAAAUCCACAAAUUUUAUUUUAAUGAACACGGUUAGCUCAGAUAUGAAAUUCAUUUUUUAUUCUGGCUUUUUUAAUUCUUCACAAAUUGAGUUUAAAAAUCAAUAAACUGACAAGUAUUCAAAACGAUCGGCAUUGGCGGAAAUCAAAUGUGUCUUACCCGGUUUCCUGUUUAGUGAAUUACUACUGUGACUAAAACCACGCUUUAUCAUGUAUCUUAGAUUGAUAACGUUAUUAACACGUUCUUAUCAGUAUGGUAACCUUAGUACCUGAUGUUUGGUAAGACGCAUUUAAAUUCGUGCCGAAAAUGAUCUUUUUUAACUAGUUAAAUUUUAAAAAAAUCAUAGCUAUUUUUUCAAUCAGACAAAACUAUAGAAUUAGGAAAAAAUAUUGACAACCCCCAUUUCUCGGGAAAUUUCCUACCCGUUCUUUCCGUCAGUCGGUUCCCGUUAAAUUGUUGUUGUAUUUAUUGUAAAUUGACGAAAAUUCUGUAUCGCAAUUAAACGCUUUGUCCCAAAUCAUCUCCGACAUUUUCUGUAGAUCACGCCGUUAAUUUGAUAUUAGUCGCGAUCUCGCACGCGUAACGCACAGAAAACAGCGCGUACAUUUUAAUUACAGUGUUUAUAGAAUUCCCCCGCGUGGUAUCGAAAAAUGGGGUCGUUGUUGUUGUAUAUUAUAUUCAUAAACUAUACUAUAAUAUCUCUUUUUUUUUUUUUUAAUAUGUUCAUGUAAAAAAUAAUUAGAUUUAAUGUAUAGGACGCAACGAAACUGUACCGAAAAAUUGUAACGUGUUGGCAUCCGCGGUCGUGAAAACAUAUUUCGUUUAUUCCCCAAUAAAAUAAACUUUGAAACUCGUGCUAAAUGUCGGCGUGAACUGUUUUUUUUUUUUUUUUAACCAUUGUUUUCAAACAGUUGUUGUUUACGUUUUAAAUUUAUUAAAACGUAAAAUGUCAAAUGUGUGUAUGUGUGCGCGCGCGUGUGUGUGUGUGUGUGUGUAAAAAAAUAACAAUAAUAAUAAUACAAAUUUUUAAACUAUCAAACAUCAAAUCGGAGUCGUCGACAUUAAGUACCAGUUCUCGGGGUUAACUAUUUUACAUACGACGAAUAAAUUACGUUUCUACGGCCGUCCAGAGUAUAGAAUAAUAUUUAUAUUGGAAGUAAGUGAUCAUGUUUUUGAAAAAAAAAAAAAUAAUAAUAAUAAUACAAAUUUGCUUUAACACGCUUAUACGCAAAUAACGCAACGAUCAACAAUGGGACUAGGUAAUCAAAAUGUGUUUAAAUAUCGAUUAAUGGAUAUUUAUGGUGUUGUUGUUGUUUUUCGAUGUUCCGUUAAAAUAGCGUUUGUUCGAUCCGUACCGAAUUUUUCCGGCCCAAUUCCAAACGAAUACAAUGUUAAAACAAAAACAAACGUCCAACGUCUUUCAAAACGUUACUGUAUAUUAUAUAAGUAUAUGGUUUUUCUAAGACUAGAAUUUCGGAAUGUAUAUUUCUCGCGGAAUAUUAUUUGAAUUUAUAAACGCCUAAGGUAACGGACUAGGCGGAAAUAAUCAAAGUGUUCAAUUUCAGAAAUAACUAUACUACUGUCACUAACAGUAUUUCUCAAUCUGGUCGCUGAGUCAAUGCCAACUACGUCCGAAGCGGUUCCCCUCAUAGGUAGGACUGAGAAAAAAAUUUUGUCCAAUUUGCAUGAUGACAAAACGUCAUUGUCAUUUGGUACUUGGAGGAACCACUUCGUUGGACACGCUUUACUUAUACGUUACUAUAAUGAUUCCAACAAAAUAUUUUAUCGAUUAUUAACGCUAUAUCGUUUACCAUAAUAUAUAGUAACAGUAGGAAAACGAUUCUAUUAAAUUUUAAAUAAAACAUUGUUUUAUAUCAUAAAAAAAAUUGUGCCCAAAUGUGUUUUUCUAGGUCAUAAAAAUAAAUUGGUUGUUACAGGAGUGACCAUCUUGCUAUCACUGACAGUGUUCCUGAAUCUGGUGGCGGAAACGCUUCCACAAGUCUCCGACGCGAUACCCUUGCUAGGUACCAAAAACACCCUAUUCCUCCCAAAUAAAAAUCAAUUAUUGUGACAGUUUAGUGAUGUUUACGAUAUAUUUUAUUUUAUUUUUCUAUUUAUAUUUUGAAUAGAAUAUAAUAUUUUUUUUUUUUUUACCAUUUGAAUGAACAAAAUAAUAUAAUAGAAAUCGUACAAAAAUAAACCAUAUACAAUAUAUUAUCGCAAUUGCAUUUAAUGGCCGGGUAAAAAAAACUAUAAUAUUAUUACAAAAUGAUCGAUCAAUUCCAUAGUUUUCGUUUCGUCUUUCGACUGUAGUAUCAUAACACAGUUUGUCAAGAUAGGAAUAAAAGAGUUUAAAAAUAUUUUUAAAAACUAAGUAACGAUUAAAAACUCUAAUGAAACUCUAAUGAGACGUUUAAUUUUAUAAUACCAUACAUAAAUUAAGUACUAUUAUUGUCAAAUCGGUACAAAAUAAUUAUUCUGGGUAACGUUCCAGAAUAAUUGUGUCGUUAAAAUCCAUGAUAGUAUUAAGAGGACGUCGAAUGCGCAUUAUCUCUCCACCCCUGUCGAUCUAACGGGCAAUAUAGCACAAAUCGUUUUUCUUACUUCCGACAGUACACGAGUCUCGUUGGUCGUAUAUAAACUUGAUUUUGAUAAUAAAAUAAAUAUUAGCAACAAUUUUACUAUAUGUCUAUAAAAUAAUUUUCAUUCAUUUUUUUAAACUUUAUUUAUCAAUUUUUUCAAAACCUUUUAAAAAAUACAAUUUUCUGAAUGUAAAUAAAAUAGGUUUCAAAAGAAAUUGCAUCAAAACUGUUCUGUAGACAAUUAGUAUAACUUGAACUCCGUAUGUUUAUUUUGGCACCUGAAACAAGUUUAUACGAAUAUCUUUAGGCCUGAGUACUAUUAGAAGCAGCGAUUAACUCGUGUAAUUACUGCAAAGCAAAAAUAGUUUUACCGACUUAGGACCCACCUACCCAUGCAGGUGCCAAGAUCUCUCGAGAUUUUUAGUAUAUGAACACUAUCAAAUGUAACAUGCAAAAAAAAAUCAUCAAAUUGGUAGUCAAAAAAUAAUGGUACCCUCCUCUAUUUUCAGCUAUACCCUUGCACUUAGCAUUAAUAUAAUAUGAAUUAUGACUAACAUCCAACAAUUUCAUUAAGGCAUCGUGUAAUUAAUUUAUAUGUUUUGAAGGAAAAACCUUUUUUUUUUUUUUUUUUGUGAUACAUAAAUUUAUUUUAAGUUCUAAACAGCUGCUAUCAGUGGCGUAAGUAACUAUUAUAAUUAUUAUAUUAUUAUUGACAGAGAUAGCAAAUGCCCGUUAAACGUCCUCUUAACAAUAUUUCUGUUUUAAACUUGGUUCCAUAAUAUUUUUUAAUUAUGUACGAUUUCUAUUUUAUAAACACCAUUAAAACACCAGAGGCCGAGCCGUAUACACUCCAAACAGUUUAAUAAUAUACUUGUAUCAUACGAAUAAGUUGUAAAUACGUUGUUCAAUGAUACAAUACUUAAUACGGCUUUGCCUUGGUGUACUUACCUAUAUUAUUACUUAUAUACCUACUCCAUUUGAUUCUUUCGCUCGAGUGCUUUUUCUCACUUCACUUUUCUCUCUUUUUUUUUUUUUGUUUUUAUUGUUUUAGACAUUUAUUUUUUUUACCUAUUUAUUUAUUUUUGUAUUGUUCUUUGAACAAUAAUAAUUGUGUGUCUUUUUGCAUAUUGAUAUCGAUGUGAAUUUUCAGUUUGUGAUUGUAUUUGUUUGCCUUUUCUGAUCCAACAUUAUUAAAAAAAAAAAAAUCAGGCAUAAAAAUUGAUAAAAUCAAAUAUUAUACAGCUUGUGCUAUCAGGCAAGACGUCUUAUUAAUUAUGUAAAAUCAUAUGAUGCAAUUAACUCAAUAUUAAACAAUAAAACUAUACGUGUUAUAAAGCAAUAAUAUUUGUAAAAGGAAAUCAUUAACAGCAUAAGUCACAUACAUUAAAACUUUAACUAAACAUUAGGUACUAACUUAAGAAAAUAAAAAGGUUUUGAAAAAAAAUGUUUUAAAAUUCAAACGGGAGUUAUAAAAAUUCAAUAAAAAUUAAACAUUCGUAGUAUUUAUUAGUGUUAUGAAAGACAAUUCAUUCAAUAAGGGACAUAUUUCAAUAAUAUUCCUUUUCGUCCGAUACGUUAUAGUCUCGAUGUGAUAAGAUUAUAAACCAUGACGAAGCCAAAUAUAGAUUAUGGAAUGCCAUAUUGUGGAUGUAUUAAUAAUAUAUUUACUCACAUCAUUGAUCUAUUUGGUAAUGGUACCAUAAUACAGGCUAUUUUUAACCUUAUUUGUGUUACAGGUGUGGCAAUACUGCUUUCACAAGUAGUUUACCUAUUGCGGUUGGCAGAAGUGUUGCCAGAAUCCUCUGACGCGGUGCCCUUGUUAGGUUAGAGCUUAACCAUAUUGACAGACACACUUCUUUUCAAAACACACUCAUUUUUCUUAAUUCUGUGUUCUAACAGUCUUCUUAUAUUUUUGGUCUGCAAUCUAAUCACUUUAUUUCGCAUCGGGUGUGACAAGUAUUUACAAGUAUAAUAACGUUUUGUUUUAGGUAACUAACAGUUAAGUAUAAAUAUUUUAUUACAGGUAGGUACUUAAAUACCAUUAUUACUACUUUUAUAAAACACAAAUUUACAAAUAGAAAAUAUUCAAUGUCGUUUAACAAAAAAAAAAAACCUCUUAAAAAUAGGUCCAUUGAAUACAUUGAUACUGUAAAAUUUUAUUUUAUUUUUUUGAAAUCAAUUUGUAGAAUAUAACACUGUUCCAGAAAUUGAUUCUCCAUUUUCUAUAUUUUGAAUUUUCUAUUUAAUUUAACACGAUUAAUAUGAUCAUUAAUCACGUUCCAUGUAUGAUCCAUACUAAAUCCAAAUGAUAACGAGUUAAAAGAGUCAAAUAAUAUGACUGUGACACAUAUAUAAAUGUGUAUAGAAUUAAACUGUAUAGGUAAUGUAAAACUUUACGAUAGACAAAAAGAUAAAUUUCAAUAAAUCAAAAACCAAAAAUCAAAUCAUGAAUAUAAUUUAUCGAAUCAAUUUUUUAUAAUAUACCUAUAAAACCGAACUGUAUUGAUCUUAUCCAUAAUGGAAUACUCGGAUAUUAAUAUUAUUAUAUUAUACGAUAUUGGAUAAUCGUACACGUUUUCGUUACACGAUAGCCUUUAAACUUCAUAAUAACCCUCUUAAACGGUUUAAAGAGCUAAAAAAUAUCCAAUGAAGUAAUUGAUGACUUUCGACUUCUAAGUAGGGUGAAAAAAAAACUAUUGAUUUUACAAUAAUGUUAAUAUUAUGUUCCUUUUUUUUUUUUUUUCCGUACGUCCAAAAUUAAUUUUAAACGUUGUUAAUGCGUUCCAAUCCUUUUAGCUAAUCGAUCGAUUAUUUAAAUUGGCCGAAGCCAAUACAUUUCUUUUUUUGAAAAAAUAAAUAAAAUCGUUCAUUAAUUGAUAAAUUAUUGUGAUUAGGGUUAGGGACUUCUAGCAUUAUUUGCAUUAUUAUUUUUUUUUUUUUAUAUAUAUAUAUAUAUAUACUAGCUGUCCCGCGUCCGUCGUUGCCCGCCCCAAUUUUUAUUGUUAUUAUUAUUAUUUAUUUUUGGUUUUGGCCGUGUUAGAACUGAAUGAAAACAAAAUAGAUGGAAACCUUCGGCGGACUAAAUGUGUUCUAUUGUGAAAUUUGAAUAGUGUAAAUUAUAGUAAUAAUUAAUAAUUACAAUAGUUUUCUUUUCCGUGGCGACCCUUGAAUAAACAAAAAUCUUAUGUAAAUAAAACAGAGUCGGGUUAGUUGCGCCAUUUAUAACUCAAGAACGGCUGAACCGAUUUUGAUCAUCACAUGAUAUUUUCCGACUAAUUUCUAAUAAUAAUUAAUCGCCAUUUUUUUUUUUCAUCCCUGCUACCGAGCUAACAUAAAUCAACAAAUAAAACUGUAUUUAUUAUAUUAUAAACUAAAUUACUUGGUGUUGGUCAUGUAUCUAUAUAUAAGCGAAAAUACUAAAAUCUCGAUUAAAAAAUAGUGGACGGGGGUAGGAGGUUGAAAAAAAAUUUCCCGACCUGUUCUCAGACCUACCAAAUGUACACAAAAAAAUUUAUGAAAAUCGGUCAAACCGUUUCGGAGCAGUUCAAUAACAAACACUGUGACCUGAGAAUUCUAUAUAUAUAAGAUAAAUAUACACAUAAAUACUGUUUAAGAUGUAAGCCAUCUCGAUUUUAAAUUGUGUUUCGUAUGUAUAUUUGCAUAUUUUACAUGUCUCGUUUACUAGAACGUAUUUUAACAGUAACUCUUAUACGCUAUAAUCGGUUAAACACGCUCGUACCUUAUAAAUUCUCAGUAAAAUAAUAUGUAAGAUUCAUUUCACAUAUUAUAUUGUAUGCCGUGUAUCAAUCACCCGGUAUUCAAUUAACACUAUUCAAAUUUAUACGCACCGAUGCGCGAUAACAUAGCCAAACGCGGCAUCGUAGAAUAGCUCGUUUUCCGCGAUAAGGCUCGCAUUUAAUUACGAUUAAGAUCGAUUUUAUUAAAUUCGCAACGUUCUAGAGCAUAAUAUUUCAGUACAUAUUCGGAUGUCAUUUUUAUGCAUAUUUUUAUACUUUAUAGAGCUAGAAAUCCCUAAGCCUAAUUAUGAUCAAUCAUUAUUAUAUGCAAGUCUAUUGACUAUGGGUCAUACACAGCCAAAAUAUAGGCUAUCGUUAUUUCUAAAAAACGACAAAAAAAAAAAAAUACAUUCUAAUGUACUGAAUUUGAUACGAAAUCACGGUUUUUAGAUUUGUUCGCUUAUCUUUUGUAAAUGAUACUAUGAAAAAAUAAAUUUAAAUCAAUUAUAAAAAAAAAUAAAUCCAAAAAUCAGAAAUUCCAGUGUAGAUGUACAUGUGUAGAUUUAUAGGCAAUUUGGCGUAAACUUAUUGUUGUUGUUUCAAUGACGUCAUUAUACGUAUAUAUCUAUAUACGAGUAUAUGUAACAGAAAUAUUGUGGUCAAUACGCGUGAUUAGUAUCAUCUACAUUGUGCUCUUCUUAUCAUUCUGUAAUCAAUAAUAUUUUAAUAAUUCGGAUUCUAAAAAUUAAAACAUUAUAUUAUUUUAAACCGUAGACACAAUGUACACCCUGAAUGGUGAUUCCAUUAUUAACACAUCUAGCGUAAUCCGUGUAUAAUUAUGUCUAUGCUUUAAACGCUCGUAUUGUGUUAAAAUAUAAUUAGGUAUUUAUAAACUAAAAUUUGACAAUUACUAAACAACAGUUACUCAGAUGAAGUUUUCAGCAAUAAAAUGUUUGUCUAAAUACUUAAUAUGUAAAAUAUAUGAAUUUACGGUUACUUUAGAUCAUAUUUCUACGUAAAUACAAAUAUCAUUAUUUGGAUCCGUUCGUAACUGAUUAAAAUUGUUAUCAUAUAAUAUAACGUCACACUAAUUACGCGUAUACACUGUACACUAUUUUUUUUUUUUUUUUCUAAAUUGCCUAAAGGCAUUUUUUUUUAUUUAAACGAUAAAAUAAUCUUUAUAAAUAUAAAUCAAUAGAAAUAUGUAUACAUACAAUGCACCUACACUAUACACUGUUUACAUUAUAUUAUUAUGGAAUACGACUGAUAUUCUCUAUGGCCAGGAAUUUUUUAUUUAUUUUUUUUAACGGUUUUCAUUCGAUGGUAUUUUGAAAAAAAAAAUUCGUUUUCAUAAAGUAUCGGUAGGUAAAUGUAUAUAUUAUAAUAUUGAAUUCCGAUAACGGCUAAUCGUUUUUUUUUUUCUGUCUACUAGUAUUUCCUAUCAAACGAAAGAUUUAUGAUUUAUAGACGAUACUUGUGUCCUUUUACUAUAAACCAAUAUAAAAAAAAUUUUAAAAAACCCUCGGGUACUUGGAUAAGAAAUGAUUUUUAUACAUGUUUAUACAAACGUUUUUUUUUUUUCGACUAUCAAAGUUGUUUUAUGGUUUUAAAUUAUUUUUUGUUACUAUUAUUAUUAUAAGACGUGAUGUUUCUAUAAUAUCCCUUUUUUUUUCAUUUCACGCACUCGCGGUAAAAAUAUUUAAAAUCUAUAAAUUACAUAGGCUAUAGCCACUCCGAGUUUAUCAAUUAUAAAAUCAAUUACAGUUUUACUACGCCUUCCGCAAAAAUCGAUACACUACGUCAGUUCAGAAACGUUCUAUUUUUUUUUUCGAUUCUAAAAAGUCAUUACAUAAAUUCGAAGCCUAUACAUUUUUAGAUUUUAUGUAGGUAUAUUAUGUAUAUAUAUAUAUAUAUAUAUAGAUUACAUAGGGAAACAUAUUAUUUUAAACUAACUAAAAUCUAGAAAAAAAAAUCUAAAAAAAACCAUAAAAAGUAAAAAAAUAAAAACAUAAAAUAUUUUUUUUCCGAUUAAAUUUUUUUUUUUUUUUUUUGUGUUGCGUAAAUUGCGGGAAACACAAUUUGUUUAUACAAUUAAUUAAAAGAAUAAAAAAAAAAAAACAAUUCAGUAUCUACAAUAAAUUUAAAGGUACCGCUAUCACUAUACAUGUAUAAGCAUUUAAAACCGAUAAAAGACACCAUAAUUCUUAUUCCAGUAGGAAGUUUACAAUUUAAUUUCAUGAAGGCUAUUUUCUACAGAACAAUAAUGUUAACGUUAACAUUUUUUUUCUUUUUACCCGAUUUUUAAAUAAAAUUAAACAUUUUUUUUUUAUUUGUAUUUAAAUUUGAGUUCAUAGAUCUAUUAAAAUUUUAAAAUUUUAAUAGUCAUAUAGUAAUAAUAUUAAUAUUAUAAUAAAACGCACGGUUUAAAAUGGAAAAUGUUUACAAUAAUGUAUCAAAACUUUGUCACACCCUGUUUCAAUCAGUUAUUGAAAUACAUACAUUAUUAUUUCAUACCAUAUAUACAUAUAUUAUAUUAUACACUUUUAUAUUAAAUUUUCAGUCAGCUUUUCUUAAGAAAUAUUUGUUUUUGUUAUUAUUUUUUAUUUUAUUUUUGGUUUUUUUCCAUACCUAUACCUAUACUGUCUUCUUUGGUUUUUCGCUACUUUCUCUACUAAAUAUUUGUACAUUUUAUGCAUGCCAAUACAAAUAAGUAUAUUAUAUAAUACAUAGAACGCAACACUAUACUUUUUAAGUUGAAAUUUGCUUGCCCAUCGUGAACAACUUAUACAUUCAUUUGCCAAUAUUAUAUAUUAUGUUUUGUAAUAAUGCAUACCUACCAUUAUUUCAAUGUCAAACAUUUGUAUGCGAAAUAAAAACUUUAUUUGAAGCUUUCCCUUUGUGGUGUAAAUAAAUGCCAGAAGAAUUAUUUUCUUAUUUUGAAAGGCACGCGUAAAUUAUAAAUUAUUAAAAAUAGAUCCCUUUUUUGCUAAAUUUCAAAUGAUAUUCGUUUACAGCAAAAAUACAACAUACACUUGCAUGUAAAUAAAUAUGAAUUUUCGAAAACGUAUUAUAUACCUAAUACAAUUCAUAAGACUUUAUUGAAACUGCGGUAAUUUUACCAAAAAAAAAAAAAAAAAAAAAAAGGGGGGGGGGGGGGGAAAGCGUAAAUAAUUAGAUUAAAUUUUGAAUAAUUGGUGCUAAAUAUAAAUUGUCCAGCCACUGGUCGAUUUAAAUAUUUUUAAAUAUUUAAAUAUAAUAUAUAGUUACUUUAAUAAUAUAUAUGAAAUGAUAAAAAAUGGCUACAUUAUUAUUAUUCAUUCAUUUUAUAAUAUGAAAACAUUUUGUCCAGUUCCAUUGUAAUACACUAACGGUUUUUAAUAUGAAAUUAGUCUACGUUUACACGUUUUUAAAUGUAUGUUUAUGCGUACGUAGGUAAGUAAGUGUAUUAAAAAACUAUUUCACUUAUAAUAUGAAUAUAAACAGGAAUGUUCUAAAUUCGGAUAUUGCUAUGUAUAUAAUUAUUAUUAUUAUAAAUUAUACCGCGGCUUAUAGAAUGAAAAUCGUGACAAAUAUCUCUCGAAUAAUAUUCUCGAGUGGAAAUAUAUUACAAAAUAUUAUCGAUGAAUAACGGUUCACUAUAAUAAUUAAAAAAGUAAAUUACCAUAAUAUAUUUUAAAUAUCGUAUUUUAAACCGAAUUGUGUAAACAAUAAUACACUAAAAUAAAAUCAAAUAAAUACGUAAAUAUUAAGAGGACGUUAAAUUCUAAAGGCUUUCGACUCUUACUUUUAAAUAAGUCGUUUUAAAAUAUGCAAAGUUUACUUGAAACUAUUGUUAUUAUUAUUUCGUAUGAUGUAUUAUAGGAACGCCAUUAAAACGUAUCUAAUAUAUAAGACAAUAAACGAAUACAAAAUAUAUUCUGUCUAAUUUCUAAACCUUCAAAUUACAAAUAUGAAGGAAUAAUGAAAAUAAAUAUUAUCUAAUAAUCUAUAAAUAUUAAUCUAUAGUAUUAUUUAUUUUUUUUUUUUUUUUUAAACUCAUAUUAAAUCAUGUUUUGAAACAAUAAACCAAGUUCCAAGUUUAAAAAUGUUAAAAACUGGUGUUACUUUGGAGAGAUAUUUUUGUAUAGAACCGCGCUAUAAAAAGAUCUAGAUACUGAGGAUGAGUGUGUCACUGUUAGGAUACAUAUAGUUAUUUAAUAUAAUCGAUUUAACAUAAAGUUAUUUAAUUUAUAUCUACGCAACGAAUAACCAUUGCUAAUCAAAUCGAUUCUGGGCGAAAUUCCAUUAAAUAUGUUUUGAAAGAACCAUUGCUAACGAAAAAACGAUUCUGAGCGGAGUUCUAGUUGAUAGUGAUGCUUUUUCAACAAUAUAUAUGUCAUUUUGUAGUAAAAUAAUUAAAUUAUGUUUUAUAUAUUUUCUUUAAUAAAAUUUAUUUAAUGCUGUACCGAUUUCCCCAGUUUUUCUAAGAUUUUCCCUGUUUUACUGUGUUCUAUCCUAGUUUUUCACAUUUGCUGGAAAAACUCUUGGGAAAAUCAAAAAAAUGUUCUCUUUAAAGUACCUCCCUAGUGAAAUUUCCUUUUUGAAAUAUUGCUAUGAUUGUUGGAGUGAAAUUGCUGGUAGAAAAGAUGUGCCCAGGAAAAAAAAUCGCAGUAUAUUAGUAAUAUAUUUCGUACAUUUUCCCGUUUUUUUUUCGGUUUUUCAAGUUUGAUGAGAAAACUCCAUAUAACAUAUAAACAUAUAAAAAUCCAAGAAAGUCUUCUAGUAGAAAAGUUGUUUACCGAUUAAAAAAAAUAAUAAUAAUAUACAACUUUGUAAAACUAUAAGUUCUUCGCUCUACUCUAGUCUAAAAUGUACACGUUUAGGUCCCUGUUUUUAACAAAAACGAUUUCGAAUAUUAUGUUGUUAAUCAAAAGGAUACAUGUUUUAAAACAUAAAAAAUACACCACAUUUUAACCUAAAUAUAUUUUAAUAUUGUGAUAUAAUUUGUGUUCUACAAAGUAGCUAAUUUAAAUUAGAAAAAAAAAAAAAGAUAAUUUUCCGAACAUUUGAAAACAUCAACAUUGAACAUUCGUUCAAUAGAAUAUAGUUUAUUGAUAAUAAUUAUUUUCAUUUAUGGAAGAUCAACGUAGUUAAAUUAAUAAACUCUCGUUACAAACUACAUAGGUAUUGGGUGUUGAUAUGGUUUUUAUAUUUUAUCAAUCUUGGUUUAGGAUGGUUUUAAAAUUUAAGAUCUGUUCGGUUUGUUGCUCGUAGGCCAUCGUCAAAAACUAAAAGAAUCGUAGAUGAUAUUAUUUUCCACCCGUUUAAAGUAGACAUUGUUGACGGUCACGCCUUGAUUCUGUAAUUCAGAAAUAUACUCGUAUAUUCAUUGGUAUAUGUAUAUUCAAUACGUUUCAAAAAUCAUUAGUUAUUUAUUUCUAUUAUAAGCACAAACGUUUUACGAUUUCUAUACCUAUGUAGUAAAACAAGCUUUAUAUUUUAUAAACGGUUUCCGAAUACAAUGAUUUGCUAGACACCCAGCUAUUUACACUGCUUUCAAAUGUAUAUUAUUAAUGCAAAAGUAGCUUUGACACCGCCGAAAAGUGAGCGAAGUGAAACUAGUGUUCCACACCUAGUCUAUCUUGUAUCCCGUCUGCGCUUGUUUAACAGAAUAUCUAAAAGGAUUGGAACACAAAAAUACCGCCAACGAUUUUACCAUACAUAAAACAUUAAUAUUCAAUCAAUAGUUUCUUUUUUAUUCAGAAACUAGCGGGGUCUACAGAAACGAGGGUCGAUAAAGGUCCAGCAGCCUUUCCAUAAAUGAAUUAUGAGUUGUUUUUUUUUUUUUUUUGUUGUUGUUGUUUAUACAUACACGUACCGAAAAUACUCAUUGCCUAGUCACUGUACAGUACAUGUAUAAGUAUAAGUGCAUAGUCAUAAGGUAUUCCAUGUUAAUAAACUCGAAAGCGUGUUAAUAUAAAUAUAGAUAAGCAUUAUAAUUAGUACUUUACAUUUUAUAUAUAAGAGAGUAUAGGUGUAAAUUCAACACGUGUUGUAAUAUUAUGGAGCCGGUAACGUAGACGCUAAGCGCGGAAAUAUUAUUCUGUUUAUCGCGUUGUAAAGUAUAUGCAAUUUUGAAUUUCCAGCCGAUUUUACAAACAACAGUAUACUAAUAGAUUGUGUAAUUUUAAACAUAAAUUGCCGAUCAACUUAACGUAUCCGAACGACAUUAAAUUUAAUGUUUAUUAAGCUAUUUAAAAUAAUCGUUCAAUAUAGUUUAGAUAAGUUAGUUAAUUGUACACUUCAGACGAAUUACGAAAAUUCACAAACCUUAAUCCUCGUUAAUAAUAACCAAUAUUUCAACAGAUCCGUUAAAUUAACUGCACGUUGUUGAAAAUAUAGUAGAACAACAUCGGAAUCUUCUAAAUUUUGCAUAAAUUGUACUUACUAAUAAAAACACAGUACAUUAGUAAAUUUACAAAAAAAUCGCCCUAACUCUAGCCAAAAGUAAUUAUUUAAUAAACAGGAAAUUUAGUAAUUGUGAAAAACCGUUAAAACUGCGAGACGAAAUAUUACAAGUUUGGGUCAUUAAAUAUGUAGCUAAUUAAAUAAAUUUUGUGAGAUUUUAUUUAAUAGUUAUACCUAUGUGUUUGUUUUGUUUAUGACAAUAUUAAAUUUAUGUUCGGUUUAAUUGGCACUAUCCGGUAGAGUUUGGGUUAUUGUUUAAAGUUUUCUCAAGGUCAAAAUCAAAAGAAUUUCACUUUAAAACUUAAUAGGAUUAGUGGGGAGUGUAAUGUAAGUUCUAUGAGUUCUGAAAUCUCCUACAAAGAAAUAUUAACUUACAUAGGUACUUGACUACCCGGGGUUUCGAUACCUUAUCCAUGUUUACGAAAAUAAUAUGUUAAUAAAACCAUAUAAUUAAAACGUACGUAUUGAUACACGUAAAUAGUUAUUAUUUUAGUCGACUGGAAGUAUUUAUUAUAAUUUAACAUUUGAAUGCGAAGGAAUUAAACGUGCGGUUUUAAGACUUAAUAAUAUGUUUCGAAUUCAGAAUUUUUUUUCUGUAAUCUAUAUUUCGUUGGAAUCGAAAAAGUAAUUUCGUUAGGUUAGAAUAGCGACCGAUUAUUAUGUUUAGGAUCUUUUUUUUUUCGCGAGAUUCGUUAAAUAAAAUUUCACCCGUAUAACAUCAUAAUUUUAAGAGAAAUAUAAUCUUCUCACAUUUGAGUCCAUAAAAUUCCGAAAAUAUAUUGAGAAUAAGAUCAUUACGCGGAUCUAUAAUAAUUGAAAAAAAACACCAAAAUCUUUGUACAUAGCUUAUCACUGGUUUGUGAUAAAAUAAUCGCCCAGAAUUAUAAUACUUUUCUAAUAUUUUCGUCCCCGUACAAAUCUUUAACAAAAUGUUACUCUUUAUUUUUUUUAUUUUUUGUUUUCGUAAAUUAUAGAGCCAUUAUACACAAUCUUAGACCUACACUUCAUUCAGUGACUUACGAAUAUUUAAACUUUUUUAUUUUUAUUUUCUCCCGUGAUAUUUUUGGGCUUCUCAUCAGCGAAAAACCGUAAAAUAAUACGUGACUUGAGUUACCGGCUACGUUUUAUUAUAUAGAAUCUGGCACACAUGUCACGCAGUUUCAUCUUCUCCCAAAACCUUGUAUACUGUAUGUAUAGGUAUACUUACACAACAAAUAAACCACCAAAGUAAAUUUGGCUUUAGUCGAUUUCCAUUAUGUGACAUAAACUUUAUUACGGUUUCCUUUAUUUUUUCUAUAAUAUUCAAUUCAUACCUGGCCGUCAUAAUAUCCCGGCGUGCAUAACACUAAUAACUAUUACACGAUGUUUUGAUUUUAUUUUGUUUUUUUUACACUCGUUUUGUUUAGUACCUACAAUUUACAUAUUAUUAUUAAUUUUUUUUUUUAAAACUCUGACGUCCUAGUCUAGUGUCUAACACAGGCUGUAUACAAUGUUAGAACAAUACUAAAAGAUUUACGUUUAAAUAACAUUCAUAAAAAUAUUUUAUAUCUAAAUAAAAAAAUGUUUUAACUAAAAUUUAAAAUAAGUAAUAUUAUUUUAUUAAAUAAGUUUCGUCCGAAACACCAUUAAAUAACGAUAUUUGUAUACAUUUGUAAGUUGAUAUUACACACGCCUCACUCCAAGUAUCAACUGAUCUGACUUCGAGGAAUAAUAAUAAAUGUAUUGAGUAUUAAAAGAAAAAUAUAUAUGUAUAUAUAUACAUAUAUAUAUAUAUAUAUUUAAACUAAUAUUAUAAUGUUUUUUUUUUUUUUUGUAUCUAAUAUAUUUAAUUUAUAUAUUAUGGUUUUUUUUUAUUAUUUUUCUAGUAGGUAUGUAUAUUUGAUUAUUAGUGUUUUGUUUAGUAUCUUAAUUUUUUUUUUUUCAUAUAUAUAUAUAUAUAAUCGGUACGCAAGUUGAAUAUUAUUGAUUACAUUUUUUAUUACACCAACAUAUAUAUACAAUAUACAUAAUAUUAAUUAUUACGAGUAAUAUUAUAGUAGACAGCAAAACAGCGUAGGUACCUAAAUAGAAACAUACUUAUUUUUGUUAUUAUAAUAGGUUAUAAAAGCUUACUUUAAUAAUGUUAAUAAUUUUUAAUUUAAUUUUUUUUUUUUUUUUUUGUUUUUCUUGAACAAAAGUAGGUACAUAUAUCGGUAUAAAAUAACGAUAAUAUUAUAUUAUAACGAUGUACAUCGCAGUAAAUGUUAUUAUUUUUCAAUUAAUAUACGCUUCGAAAUAAUUAAGAGCCAAACAUAAUGUUAAUAACAAUAAUAUAUUGUGUACUUUAUAGUUGAAUGUUCGAUAUUGUAGGGUAUAAUGUAAUAUCAUAUAGAUAUUAAAAAAAAAAACAACUAGAUAGUAGGAUGACAUAAAUCAUAGACAAUAGACAUUAGACAUAGAUAUAACUAUAUGGACCACGCAUCAAUGAAAUAUUAUAUUGAAAUCAACAUAAGUGUGAAAGAGACAGACUCGUAGUUUACGGUUUCAAUGAGGUUAUAUGCAAUUUCAUAACACUCCUUAGUAAUAAUUGAGAAAAAAAUUGAUAACAUCAUACUAAUUGACAAUUUAUAUCAAAAUAUACCGAUAAAGACCGUUUUUUUGUUACUGUCUGGUUCAAAAUACUUCAGAUCUGUGCAAAAUACUAUUUUGAAAAGUAAACUCAUAGAGUAUUCUAUAAAUCGUUUAUGAGCCCUUUGAAAAAGUCAACUAUAUGUCUGUCUCUCUCGCACAUACGAUUGCACCAAAGUAUUAUAUACAAGACGAGUAUAAUGCGCGGGCUAUAUAUUAUUUGUCUAUGGGUUUAAUAGAUAGAUAAGAGAUAUGAAGUUUGAAGGUCACACACCAAAAAGGUGUAAGAAAUGCCGAAGAAAUAUUUUGUUCGUGCCAUGAAUAUUAUGAAGUAGAUUAGGUACUUGGUUGUACCAAAUUUUAAAUAUUUUUCAUAUAAAAUUUCACAUGAUGUAUUUAAAUAUCACGUAUAACUCAUGGCAAAAACACAUAUUUCAUGGACUAAUCGAUGCAAUUUGCCCUUUUGAUAUAAUAGGUAUUGUUGCUUAUUAGCUUCCCGUUUACUAAUAGAGUUGGCUAUCUAGUUGUUUUACCAAUAUCUAUGUGUACAUACAUUAUGCAUUUGAACUAGAUAUUGACUUUAACAAUAAACUACCGGUUUAACUACCGAAUUGAUCAUAUCAAAUUUAUUAAAUUACUUUUAAAUUAAACUUUAAUUACAAAAAUUAAAGUUUUAUUAACAGUUAAUUUUACAUAUUAUAAUAAAACAUGGUGACAACAUACAUAUUACUGACAGAAGACUGUAGUCUUAGGUAUAUAGAUAAGUAAUGUAUUUAAGUAUUCUUAGGUAAAAUAUUACAAUUAGAAAUAUGUCCACUGAUUUCGUAUUUAAUUUAAUUAUAACUACACAAAUUUCACCAAUAUUAAUUUAUUCUUCGAAAUAAUUCUAUAUUUUAAUUCUCAUUUUGCCUAAUAAUAAAAUGAAUGUAAAUCACAUAAUAUAAAUAGUAAAGCUAAACAUUUAAGAUUGAUUUUUGAAUUUUUUACAAUGGUCACAUAAUUUUCUAGUUGUCGUUUCAUGAUUCUAUAAAUAUUUAGGUACUUACAUACACUAAAGUGAUAUAUAUUUUUUACAAAAAUACUUUUUUACUGGGAAAUAAUUUUUAGGGUUACUGUUAUAUUAUAUUAAAUAUUGAAAAUAAACUUGUUUUGUUAUUUUAUUUACCUACAAACGUUUCGAUGAAAUAAUAUGAAUUGUUUUAAAGUAAAUAUUACCCUAAAUUAUAAUAAACGAUAAACACACAGACAAAUAUUAUUAUACCUACAAACUUAAAAUAUUCUAAAAUCAGUACUUUGUAUUUGUAGGAAUUAGUAUUUUUAGUUCUUCAUUAUAUUGCGUGUACCUACCUAUAAUAUAGGUAUAUAUAAUAUUCAAAUGACUAUAGUUGAGCAUGCUUCAUUUUUAAUUUUUAUUUAUUUACAUUUUUAUUACUCUUGUUAACUUUCGUGCUUAUACUAUUACAAAAUCUUUAUUGAAAUUAAUACACUAAAAACGUGUAUAUACUAUUACAAUAACGUUGUUGUUUAGAACCUUAAAAUUCAUUAGAGCACUUUAAAAAUCUGUCUUUUAGUCUCUAAAGCAUCUUUUCGUUCUGAUCCUAAAAAAAAAAAAAAAAAAUAUUAUACAUAUUAAUAUUAGUUAUAGAUCAUAAAAUUUAAAAAAAAUAUUAAUAAUAAUAAUAAUCGUACAUUUUUCCAUAGGUACUUACUUCAAUUGCAUCAUGUUUAUGGUGGCUUCGUCGGUAGUACUCACAUUGGUGGUGCUCAAUUAUCAUCACCGAACAGCCGACAUAAAUACUAUGGGACCAUGGGUAAUUUUCAUAGUUAAACGUAUACCUCUAUAUCAAGUAGGUCAAAAUAAGUAUUACGUAAGAUAUUUUGAAAAACCGCAACGAUAAUAAUAUAUUGCGUAUUUGAACAAAAUCGAAUUUUGUAAAUACGUAAUAUAAUAUAAUCUGCAGUGGAUAUUAUCGUACGUAUUGUUCAUUCGGUCAAAAUGAAUUUACUAAAAUCUGUAUGCGUUCAUAAUCGUAUAAUAUAAAUUAAUAACAAUUAAAGAAGAUUGGCACAUCGAUAUGAUAUUAUCGUAUCGAUUAUACCGCGUAUUUUCAUUGUUUUAAUUAAUUUUCCACUGUUAUUAAUUUCAUUAGGCCAAGUGUUUUUUCCUAUUAUGGCUACCGUGGAUAUUGUGUAUGCAAAGGCCGGGAAAAGACAUAUCAUUCAAAGCCAUCAAAAGCAGAUACACCGAUCGUCGGGGCAUGGAACUCCGAGAGAGGUCGUCCAGAAGUUUAUUGGCCAACGUUCUGGAUAUUGGUAUGGUUAUAAUAUCAUAGUAUAAUAUACAUUUUAUUUAUUUACCUUCCAUAUGAAACGGUUCUUAGAAUGUUUGAACAACAAUAUAUAAUUAACACGGUCGUCCAUUUAGGGGGAAAGGGGAAAUGUCUGUACAUACGGGUGUAACCAUUAUAACAGCACAAAUUUUCGUUUCCCUCGAUGGGCCAAUCUUGACGAGCGAGUCAAAAUUAUGGGUAUACCUAUAUGCCAUACAAAUUAGUGUUUUAUGAGUAUUCUGAUGCUGUUUCUCCGUAAACAGUUAAAAAAAAAUACUCAAAAUAAAACAACAAAAAUCACCGGAAACCCCUCACAAAUUAAGGGCGUGACACCGAAGUUAUUUUAAAAUUAAGUUGACUUUCGAAUAAUAGUUGAAACGCAGAGAAAAUUAUUUUAAAAGUCAUCACAAAAUAUCAUUGUUUUUUUUUAAAUUUCUGCACAUGCUUUUUACAAACUGAUACCUAUAGUUAUUUCACCAGAUAUAUAUAAAAGUACCAUUAUACGUUUUUCAUUAAAUAUUUGUUUUUCCUUCCGGUUUAUUUGUCUUUUCUUUUUGAGAGGGGGAAGAGAGGAAAUUUUAACGUUACAAAUGCAUUCCAAACAAUAAAAUGACAAUUUGUGAUAUAUAUUUUUAAAUUUUCAAUGUGUUUAUUACUCAAUAACAAUUGUCAAUAUAAUUUAAAAACUACUUAAACGUUUUUGGACGAAAUAGGUGAAACCAAAAAGGUUGAAUUUGUGCAAUACACUUCCCCCAACCCCCCCCCCCCCAAAAAAAAAAACUAAAAUAAAAAAUUGCAAGAGCAAAAUAUGUUGUAUAUUUUAAUUGUACGUAAUAAAAGAAAUAAAUAUAUAACUGAGGUAGCUUAUUUCAUAUCGGACUAACAUGAAAAAAAUUAAGGAAAAUCUGAAAUAGCCUAACUCUAUGUAUGAACAAAAAAAAAAUUAAAUAUAGUCUUCGAGUCAUUUGUAGUAAAACAUAAUGUAUAGUGCAUAAUUAUAUUCCCGUUAGGCUCCCUUCCACCGUAUUUUCUUACACGGGCACGUUUUCAGUUUUUUAUUCAAAUAUGAUUUAUAGAAAAUGCAUACAGCGAUAUAAACUAUUUAAUAUUAAACGUUAAUUGUAAAAAAAAGAAUAUGAAUCUUUCAUCACAAAGUUUCGAGCCUACCACCGUUAUCUGUGAUACAAUCAAUGUUGGGUUUGUCAAAUAAAACCAAAGGUUUAAGUGAAGGGACGGAUUCCCCCUUCUUAUUUAAGGUGGAAUUAUCAGUCCCCUUUAGUUUAAAUCUUCGAGGCCCGAAGGAACACUUUAAUCAUUGUUACUGAGACAUUUUGAAUAAACUUUUAAAAACUCCAAUUAGUUUUAAUAAUAAUAAAUUCUUCAAUACCCAUAAGAUCAUACCAAAUGAGACUCGGUUUAAUUUUAUUAUUUUAUUUUCACUGAGUGGGCAUAUAUAUGUAGAAUAAUAUCUGAAAGGGUUGAAGUUUAUUUUUAAAUCCUAUUGUUAUAACAUUUUUAUGAACAAAUGUGUGCGAGAGAAUAAUAUUUUGGGAAUCUUGAUAGAAUCUUGGGAAUUCAUGAUAGGUUUCCUGAAAAUUUGAUUAAGGUUUAGUUAGUUCUGGGAAACGCCACUCAUUUUUCGGUAAAUAUCCCCCUUCAAACUUUUUAUGCACAUUAACCACUGGAUAAAAUCGUCAAAAAGAUAAUCUAGAAAACGACAUACUAUUUUUUAUCUUUUUUCUAAAUAUCUCAUCUCUAUAUUUUCUCAAUAAUAUAUAGUAAAUAUAUACAUAAUAGAUACUAUAACAGUUUACUAUAGUAUAAUAUUCAUCAUUCUUAAGAAUUUUUUUUUUUUAAUUGCGCUGUAACCACGUGUAUACUAACCAAUAGAAAUAAGUCAAGUAAUAUCUAAUAAUAUUAUGGAUAAUAUAUGUUAAUUAUAAUCUGAAUAUACUGAUAGACGAUAUUUUACUACAAACCGCAGUAUUAAUUAUUCUAUUGAAUAGUAUAAAAUUUGACUUACGCAGAGAAAUAAUACGCAUUUGAAAAAAAAAAAAUAAAUAAAUAAAUAAAUAAUAAUAGUAAAUAAUAGUUAAAAUACAAAUGAUUACAAGGGUUUUUUUUUUUUUUAACAUUAUCUAGAUAACUGAAAAAUUAUCUUUUUUCUAGAUACAAAUAUUUGUUAUAUCUUCCCCAACACAACAAAUAAAACUUUCUUUCGCCAAGUUCGUAAAGCGUAAUAUUUACCUAUGCAUAAUAUUAUUACUCUCGUAAACUUAUUAUUUGCACGAUACACACAACGUGUCAUAUUUACAGAGAAUAAUUUAAUUGGUAGGUAAACCUACUGCAAUAUUAAUUUUUGAAUACUUAAUAAUAACGCGUUUCACUUUAAUAUUGAUUCCAUUGGUUCUAUUUAAACGACACCCCCAAUCAUAAUUGAUCUGACACAAUAAAAAUAUUGUAUUCAAAAGCGGAAUAUUUUACAAACGUUUACCGCGUAUAAAAUAAUAAUAAAUCGAAUUUAUAAAAACCAAUAGUCAAUUAUUUAGAAUAUGAUGUGUAUAAAGUUUAAACAAAAGGAGUGGCAAGACAGGAAAAUAAUUUUACACCCCGCUACAUUUUAACGUGCCACUCCGCUUCACUAAACUUUAAACCCUUAUAAAUUAUAAACUUUUAGUUCCAUAUUUGAUAUUCAUGUAUGAGUACGUUUUCUGAAAAGUGUACUUACUGCGCUUUUAGAUGCAAAAUUAAAAAUAGCGGUUAUACCAUAUUUUAAAAUGAAGUCUUAGUAAAAAAAAAAAUUAUAUAUAACUAUAUAUAUUUAUUUUUUUAUUUUUUUGCUAAACGUAAAUUUGAUCAAAUAAAAAAUCUCUCCGUUAACAUUAACAAUUAUUACACAGUAAUUUGUGAUCUUAUAAAAUUACGUAAAUGUACCAUUGUCGACCGCUCCACACUACGCCGUUUUGCUAUUACAUCCGGUUGGCUGUUGUCAUAUUAUUUGUUUUCGAUUUUAAAACUUUAAACAUUAAACUUUUGGGUGGUUUCUAGUUUGUACAUUAACUGUUUACAGGAUGCUCCAUUUAAAAUUUAAUUUUAAUUUUCAAAACAUUUAUUUUUAUUUUCCAUCUGGACAAUUCCAACAUUUUUAAAAGAUGCCUGUCUACUUUUAAUUUUAUACUCUAGAGCAGUAAACAAUAUCCGCGAAAAUAUUUUGAUAGGAGCACAAAAUUAAUAUAGUAACGAAGUGGAAUAGACUAAAUUCGGAUUCCGAUACGAAUUUAAUGUUUAAAUGAGAACUCGGAGGACUAACAAACGUUACAUCCGAUACGAUCGAUUUAAAUUUAUUAUACAUGUAAUAUUAUUCUUUAAUAUAAUUCCGCUCUUCUAUAUAAUAUGUUAAGCGUUCAUAUUAGACAAUAAACUAUCGACAAUUCCACAUUACGUAUUAUUCAUUAUUACCGUGUAUCAAAACUUUUGUGAAAAACAAUUCAUACUUUCGAAACGUUUCGCUUAAGUUGUUAUUUUGUUCAGUUUCGGCUAGGUAUUUGGUCUAAUUUAUAUGCAUCGCCAUACAAUAAAUUACCCUUAUUGAAUUAAUGAUUUUGGGGUUUAACUGCCGCAGUAGUUUAGUCGGCGGUUCAAUUUUGUAUACAUACGCCAGCAAUUAUUAAUUCGAAUAAUAUAAAUUAAAUCUUUAAUAUUCGUAAUAUGAUUACACGUAAAAUAUAUCAUUAAAUUUAUAAAAUACUGUAUAAAAAAAAUGAUACCCGUUUAAAGAAUAGGAAAACUGUUUGAUAAUAAUACACAAAAACACCAACAUAAUACCAUAUUAUAAUACAUACCUACUAAUAUCUGUGAGUGUGUCAGCUCCCAAGAUUAAUCAACUGACGAUAUUUUAAACGAAUUUCUUCCCAACCGACAUACCCGAAAUUUCAUGGUAACCGAAAAGGUUUACCUAAUUUGUUUUUUCUCACCAGAAAACGAUUCCCGAUAAAUAAAUCGGUUACGUCGUUGAACAAUUUUAUUUUUGGGAACCAAUUAAUUUAAAUAUCUAUGGGUGUGCCUGUACUAUUCACAAUGCCCGCCACAUUUGCUUGUUCGAUCGAGUCCAGACAAUUAGUAUCAUACUACUGAACUAAUUAUUAUUGUGACCAUAUUCGUUGAUAAUCGUUCGAUGAGUGGAAUAUUUUCGGAACUUUUUCCUUGCCUUGUCAUUUUUUUAAACAUUUUAAAAAUAUGUAAAUAAUGCAAUGCUCGUGUCGAAUCACUUGGAUUACAGACGACGAUUUCCGGGCGAGCGUCCUAUCACACCGGGCGUACACCAGCGGGGCCGCCAGUACUUCGUCGCCCACGUCCGAGUCCCGGAGCAUGUGCAACUACUCGGCCAGGGAACUGCAGCUCAUCUUGCAUGAAGUCCGGUACAUUACCGAUUACAUGCGGAAGCAGCAGGAAGACCAGGAUGUGAUAAACGACUGGAAGUACGCGGCCAUGGUUGUAGACCGUUUCUGUUUGAUUGUGUUCACUUUUUUCACGUUAGUCGCCACCAUUGCCGUACUGUAUUCAGCGCCACAUAUAAUUGUUGAGUGACCGCAGGUGACGUUAUUAUGUUCGGGUGUCAAAACGACAAUGGCAAUAGUUUUGUUAAAUAUUUGUUUCAGAGCGUAUCGAGUUACUGGUUUUUACUAAACAUAUUUGUUUUUUU